AUUCCUGGUUUGACGACCAGCUCCGCCGCUGCCAUGAUUUGCUGAGCAAUUCGACACUGAGCUUCAAAGAUGAGUGUGGAGAGUCUGAGGCAGAGUCCACGGACCGACAACUUCCACUAACGGGCUUUACGCAGUAUCACACAGAGACCAGGAGCGCGCAAAGACGGGACGUAAGGCUUUCAAACAAACACGCGGACUGAAAACUUCCGUGGGGAAAACUCUCAGGCACCUCCACUCGAGUUCAGACCGGGGGGAGUUGUCGCACCUUGGCCCCGAAUUCUGCGCCGCCGCUCGGGUCUGAAAACUCUCUUUUCCCCCUCCUCUUCACCUCCUCCGGCCGUGUUCAUGUUCCUCCUGUCGAGCCCGGGUCUAAUGGAGGGCCCCGUACGGAUUUGCCUCCAGAAGAAGAAUGUGUUUUUCUGGUGAUCCAGCCCACGGCUCGCAGCUUUUGCCCUCCUGUGAGAGAGGUAAGGAGGGACGGAGGGGAGGCAGAGGGGAGCCCCGGCCCGGCUGGCUGCCUGGCUGGGAGGGAGAACAGCGGGGAAAAGCUUUAGUUAGUGUGGAAAUAAGAGAGAAAAGGUGUUUUUAAGAGCUGCGUGGAGGUCCAGGCUGCAGGUUUAGUGAGUUUCAGUGACAUUAGCGGGUUUGAUCAAACUUUGAGGCGGAGUGAGAGUGGAGAGAGCAGCGGGGCAGAGGAGCAGCAACUCCGGCUGUGAGUUCAGGCUGCUAACGGGGGCGCCCGUGUACUACUACUACUACUACUACUACUACUACUACUACCACUACUAUACACUUCUAUUAUAAAGUCUGUUUAUCCAUAAAUUAACUUUACACACCAGUGACUCUUCCUACAACUGAAUUUACUCUCUAGUCUAAGUCUUUCCUUCUGUUCUUGGUCAUAAAUUCUGUUUUUAAAACCUCCCUAAAGUCAGUUUGGACUUUGUUGACUUUCUCUCUGGUUGAUCAUUGUUCACUUAUUUGUUCAAACUCUCCUGUUAUAUUCUGAUGAAACUCUCAGAUUGUAUAUCCAGUUCUCCGUCAUGUUUGUGCAGCUCUGCGGUCUUUGAGGUGAGCAGGACACAAAUAAAGGCAUAAAUAUUUGUUUGGCAAACAUCUCUGGAGGGCAGAGACACUUCCCCGGCUGAAAACAGAUGUCCCGCGGCCUCCUUUUCUGCUCUGGGGGGGAUGAAAGACGCAUUUUUAGAAAUGGCAAAUAUGUCCCUCCUUUGACACACUCAUGUCAAAGUCAUAAAGGGUGAAAAUGGUCCAAAGUCAAACACGGCUUUGUGCUGCUUUUAAGUUGGUAUUAUAGAUCAUGGUUUUGGGGGGGCAGCUGUCUGCCACACUCACCUCUGAGCAGAAACAUGGUGGCUUAAACUAAUAUUUGAGGACGUGGAUUUUCCUCCUCUUCCAGAGACAUAGGGUCUUUAUUGUUUUAGAUCAACCCCAAGGGUGUCAUAAAAGUUGGUUUGGUAAAUCCAUGUGAGCUCUUUAAUUUGGCGAGUGAACAAACACUGAGCAGAGCAUGAAGAGGUCGACCGCCUGACUGUGAGGAAGAGGCCGAGGGCGAACUUCAAAACCUGGAGUUUAUUUUUGUUUAAUUUCUCUUCUUUGUUAAAAAUGAGACAAAACGGAUAAAUGUGUCCGAGCAGCGAGUGAGCGAGUGUGUACCUGAGCUUAUCUCUCUCUGCUCUCUCGGUGUUGUGAUCUGCACCGCUGCACUUCAGGAACUUUGAGGAUGACAACUCCAAACUUACUUUUCUUUGAGUUUUUAGACUCGGUGUUUAGGCGUGAUUCUUUCUUUUAAGAGCAAACUUGAGGAUAUAAGUGGGUCUGAAUUUGCUUUUUUGUUGUUUGAAUGUUUAAAAGUUCACGGUGCACUCACUGAUUUUUAGUCAAAGAUUUAAAGACAGGCUUUGAAUCAGAGUGAUAAUGUAAGGUAGUAACAAUGCGGCUGCAGAGACGAGUCAUUUCCUCUGUCUGCUCUUCUUCACCCCUAUCAUCAUCCUCAUCAUCACGGCCUCACAGCGACUCUCGUUACAUAGGGGUGACCCUCACCAAACUGAACACUUAAAAGUUAUCAAGAACAAAGUCCUGAACCCCUCUCCAAUGCAUGACAUCCAGUCAGAGGGACACACAUGGCUGCUCCCAGAGAAAACACUUCCAAGUUCAAACAGUUGCUGGCGUAUUGUUGCCGCGGUGGGGGACAAGAAGACACUUCCGAUGCCUUUCAGAUCCUUUCAGUGCUCUUUAAUAUCAGGGUGAGCUUUUGACACCAGCAGAGAGAGAUUUGCUCUUUGUGGCGUUUUCUCUGGAGCAGAAAGUCGAAGAGUUUUUUACUUUUUUAACUUCAUUUCCUCCUCCUCUCUUUCUCUUCUCUCAUCCUUUCACUUUUGGAGGACCAGGACAUAAAAUCAUUCCCCUUAUCUUCACCAGCAGCAUCGAGGACCUGUGGAGUAUUUUUAGCUGGAGUGAAUUGUGUUUUUUUUUUUGAGUGUGUGAUUGGAUCAGACACACAGAGAGGCUCCGAGUCCUUUAGUUUCUUCUCACAGCCUGUUUCUGGGUCUGCUAAGGAAAUUAAUAAACCAUUAGUGGCCGAGCUCUUAUCAGGCCGAGCCGAACAAAGCACAGCUCUGCCAUUAAGAGAGCAGGAAUAAUGUUUGAGCCAUUAGUGUGCAGCCUAAUGAUAAACACAUGUUGCUGUAGGAGAACUAUGUUAAGUGGGCAAUUUGAAUGUAAGCAUGUGUAAUGAUAGCAGCCCCGCUCUCAUAAUGGCUCCCUUGAUUUCUCUGAUGCAGAAUUAUAAUCACACGACCAGCUAAAAAGGCCAAUGAAAGGAGCCGCUGAGGGGACCCCUGUGUUUCCAUAGUGAUACUGAGAGUGAGAGUGAGAGGUGGGAGCCGGAUUGAUCAGGGGUUCGAAUCAAAGAUACGCUCCCAGGAUUUCAAUAUUGAUCUGUAAAGUGGUUCUGACAAGUUUCUGAGUAUUUCUGCAGCAUCUUUUCUCAGUUUUGACAGUUUCGGCACUCUGUGGAUGCUGAGAAGUUUGUUAUUAGGAGUUAAAAAUAAGGAGUUACUCGAGUGCAAAGAUUGAAAAUGAGAAAAAUUCAACAAGUUCAAGAUAAUUUGAGCUUGAAAUGUCUUAAAAAUUAGAUAAAUAUUUGGCCUGUCAUGUCAGUGUGUCCAAAAUGAAGCUGAAUGAGAUGUUUGGCAGACAGUGAGCCGGCUGUUGUUCACUUUCUGCAUUUAUUUUACUUUUUAAUGCAAAGUGUAGUGAAGUACAACACGAUACUUUACAGUUUCAACGGGAAAUACUGACUUAAAGAUUUUUAAAACUCCUUCAAAGUUUUAGAAAAGUUAUUAAAUGAUGUUAACAUGAGUUUUUUAUUUUUUGUUUGCAGCUCUAAAAUGAUAGAAAAAGCUGCUUUUACUGUUACCAGUCUGUGCUUUUGGAUUCAAAGGUCUCACUCUGACUGUCCUCUUUUUGCUGUUUUCUCACCUAACAACCAGAAAUCCACAAACAAACAAAACGGUUUUAAAAGUUUAUAAGUUAGCCGUCCUUCUCUUCAAUUAUUAAAGAAACUGACGAAUCAAUAACUGAUCUGAGGAGGGAGUGUCUGCAUGGACGACUUCAGUAUACAGAAUAUUUCUCCUUCUGUGAGUAAAACAGGAAACCUUGAGAUUAAAUAAGAAGUUCAUCGAAGUGUUUAUUUGGUUUCAUCUUUUCUCGCUCCAGAGGAUCCAGAAGUGGAUUUCAAAAAUGACUUAAUUUGUCUUAAAAAUCUCAAUAUUUUGACAGUUUAAAUGAAGUCUGACUCUUUUUCUUAAUCUAAUCCACUUCAGCUCCUUCGUUAACAAAGUCGAACAUAGUGACUGCUGUUUGGUUGACGUUUGACCCUCCGAGCGUCGACUCCCAAACUCGAACCCCUGACAGACAGACAGACAGACGGACAGACGGACAGCUCUCCUUCUCCUCUCAUUGCUCAGGGAUUGAGUCAUACUGCGGCGUUUUUACUCUGCCCUUAACCUCCGCCAGCUUCAGCUCUCAUUCGUCAAGGACGGAGCCGGAGCUCAGGCCUCAUUAGAUGGACAGAAGGGAGAGUCGGGCGGCGUGCCAAAGAGCCCCCAUGUUCAAGGAGCCCAGGGGUGCUGAUUGACGACACCCAGCAGCCAUGAGCGGAUGGGGGUGGAUAGGAAAGAUGGGGCAGGUCAGAGAGCGAGUUUUUGGUUGGUGAGAGCGCCCCGCAGCUGCAGCGCCGACACAAAAACCUGAAGGUCCCUCCUUAGAUUUAUCCUGGGGGGGUGGAGGUGGACGAGGUGGAGUAGCCGUGAAGUCAGAGGCUGCAGUAGCUGGAGGUGUCACUUGUGUUUACAUGAAGCUGUCAUUAGUAACACUUCUUAUCUGCGCUGAGCUCACACUGUCAUUAUAUUAACUACACAACCUCAUGUGUUUCCCACUGGGACCCCCCCCUCGUUCCUUCCACGUCCCCCCUCCUCUGACAGAUGAUCCAAACAGCCCGGCGCUGACUCGCUUUACUAUGCAAGCAUGUUACUCCAGCAGGUUACAGAUAGGCAGCUAGCUUCCUGCGCUACGACUCCUCUGAAAUGUCAAAGGUGAGGCGAGCGCAGCCCGGCGUGUACGGCGGCGCUCAACAGAUGGUCGGAUUGAGUUUCUAAAAAUCCAGAACCUUGAAGGACCUGAAACUGGAUAAUGACUUUCAAGAGAUUGAAGAAAUGAAAUGAGAAACAUCGGGGCGUAAUUGUUAAGACAAACAAACAGUUUUUUGGAGCAGCAGAAACAGAUGUGCAGCCAGCCACUGAAAUGCAGCGAGACCAAAGUGUACAGUCAGGAGAUACGCAGAAGGAGCAGGAGGAGGAGGAGCAGGAGGAGGAGGAGCAGCAGGAGGAGGAGGAGGAGGAGGUCUGUUUCUUCUCCGGAGAGGAUUUGUUUUCUGCUAAUGUAAUGGAAAUACAGGCUUCAUCUAAAUAUAUAUGUCUGCCUUCUCAAUAUGAUAAGGGAAUGUAAACCGAUACCACACACGACGUACAGUGAGUGAAGAUGGUCCAACAGCAGAUGGUUUUUGUGAGGGACUCAGUUUGAGAGGAUCUUCUGUAUUUUUAUUUCCUCCAGACUCGGAUCAGAGAUUUUAGAGCCUAAAGAAAAACACCAGUGAGUGAAAAAUCCUUCGUUAGUCGAGCUGCAGGCCUUUUUUAGUUUUGUGCUGUAAAGUUUGUAAAGAUGCAGUUAACGGCGUUCUCAUUAUCCCUCGAAGGAGAACUGUUUCUGGCUGGUGUAAAAACACGGUAUGUGCCUUUAAAAUGACGCAGAGCUCCAUGAGUGUGACAGAGAACAGAGAUUUUUUAAUAUAUGUUUUUACAGACAGUGAUUUUUGGAAGUGAUUUUGAGUCCAUGCAGUGACUUCCACCACAGAGCUAUGUCUGUUUUUAGCGCAGUGCUAGGGCUGCACGAUUUCGGCAAAAAAUAUAAUCCUUUUUUUUUCUCUGAAAACUUGAUUUUCACUUUUUUAUUCAGUGACAACUUCACCAAACUUCACUUUAAUAGCAAGUCUUUCUAUCGUCUCUCAAACGAAACCACUGAAAACGAUGUAGUGAAUAUGCCAAGACAGUAAGUGGCGCUGUAACGCUAAAGAAGAGUACAGAGCGCGCGUAUAAAGGUCGUUUUGGCGCCAUAAAAGAGUUACUCUGUGUGUCACAUGAUCGUUUCCAGAGAUGCAGAUAGACAUCCACAUGGAGAUGAAAUGGUCGUCGUUUACAGAUUUAUUCACUCUCUGACCCGUUUUUAAAAAGUACCGUUUACAGUCACCUGAAAGGCCGAUACGACAAAAAACUUUAGCGUUUCCGUGGUGACGGGUUGAUACCGCUUUCAGACAGACUUUACAGCGGGGAGUGGUUUGCUCUUCAUCUGAAACUGUCGUACCAAUUCAACACGACUGACUCGCUCUUGACCUUUUUAACCACGAAAUUAUCGCCUUCUCCUGCAAACACCAUGUUUGUUUACACUGGUGUGUUUGGGAACUGGGGAGCCUACGGUGGCCUGGAGGUGCGAGACAUGAUAGAGAAGAAAAUCGGUUUGAUGAUUCAAAUUUUUUUAAUAUUGUCAUAAUCAAAUAAUCUGCAGCCCUACUCAGUUCCAUUCAGUUUAUGUUUUUUUGAAAAGGAUUUCUCAAAAGGACAAAAGCAGACGGUGGACGGAUUCUUGGACAGCCUUUAAACAGAUGUGACUCUGUAGUGGAAGUUGCUGCAUUGGCCCAAAAUCACCUCUACUACUGUUAAUGCACAUGCACUGAUUUAAAUAUGAUGAGUAUGCAUAAUUACAGUCAGUCUUAUCGACUCAACACUAUUAUGAUCAUUUUCUCUCGUCUUCUUCAGCCUGUUUUCUCUCUUCUGUCCUGACUGUUGAUAUUUCAGAGUCUGAAUCUCUUCAUUAUCCUGACAGUGUCGAGUUCUGACCCGCUGACCCUCUGCCCAUCCUCCCCUCAGACUCUUCCUCUCUGGAGUCCUCCUCACUUUGAAGCUGUUUCUUUCUAAAGUUGGUUAAGUUGCAUUAAACUGCGUUCCUCUAAUCCUCUGAGUGCCGGUUUUUGGCCGGUGUGGAUGUAUGUGCAGAGCUCUGCAUGUAUAAGAGCGAGAACAUGAAGUUCCUCAGGGAGGGUUUCGACGUGGCAUUUUACACGAUACUCGCCUCUCGCCAAAAACAACAUUUUCCCUCAUAGUUGUCAAGCGAAUACACGAUGAGAGCCAUUGUUCCACCGCCUGUCUGCUGCAGUUUUCUAAUGAUUCCUCAGCCCAGGGGAAGAUUUCAGGGAGUGAACUUCUGAACCGAACCCUUGCUGACAGCUCUCACAGCGAAGUAUUUCAGAACAUUCAGGGGGAACUUUUUUUUUUUGCAUCCUCAGCGUCUUCCUGUUUGCAAGAUUCAUUUCUUUUUCCCUUCCUGAAACUGACCCUACUAAAUACGCCUGGCUUAGUGUGUCGCCUCAGCGCGGGGCCCCAAGAGUUCCACUUUUUUCUUCUUGGAGAAACUGUGAGCAACCGCAGCUUUCUAUUUCAAAUGUUGAACCAAUAAGUCACAUCUGACAUGGGUUUUCUGCGGACCAGAAUGUGUGCGCUGUUGAAAAGCCUGCACAAGGAUCAGCAAGACUAUAUUAAGGCAGGAGUAGUGGCUGGCACUCCCCUCGGGCUGACAAACAGGCUACUUGUUUGAAGGGCUGUUUUUCUCCCGGAUCAGAGUGUGAGGCUGCUGCUGCCGGGCCUGUGGUUGUGGGUGCCAUUUUGGGCCUUCCCUGCUCCUUAGGAAGCGAUGAAACCCUUAAUUUAUCGGAGAUAUCCAAAGUGAGCAGAGGAACGGUCGGCUCGUUGUUGUCCCUCGCUCAGUUUCUCACUUGUAAAGAUCCAAACAUGUGAAAUAAAUCACUGUCAUGUCUGCGCAGACGGUAGCAGGACAAACAAACCUACACAAAGAAUGCAGUGAGCAGCAGUCAGCAUACGCCACAGUUUGCGUAUGUGUUUCUGUUGUCAUGCGCUUGUUAUUCUUGGCGCCGUCGGAGCGCUGCGUCAUGCGCCAAAAGCUGUUCUCACCUCCGACUCUGCAGCAGCCUGAACCUCGGAGAGGUUUGGAGGAUUUGACCACGAGCCAGAAGUGGAAACUCAGAUGUUCUGUGUGUUGAUGUAUCACCGCCGAGUUUGUUUUGUGAUCACUCGAUCGCCGCACAACAAGCGUGGAGUGUUAGAAGGUGAGACGGAUAAACAUUUGGACAAACUAAAUAAAGCUUUGACACACUCUGUCCGGGACUGUGUGUGUUUAUCUUCGGGUCCUCAGACUCGCUCCUACAAGAGGAGCCGCUUUGUUUGUUUGGGUUUCUUCAAGAGAUUUGUGGAAUCGGUGAAGAAGACUAAUUAUAUUUUAACCGUUUUACGCGUGUUUGUUUUCGUUCGACUCGCUGGCUGCGGAAGCAAAGCUUUUCUGUCUUGUAAUCCGGCCCCCUGGUAAUGCGCCGCCACCGCUCCAUUCUGGGCCAAUUUAUCAUGAUGAGAAAUGAAAAUACCGGGAGUCCUUUUCUUUCUCACGCCUCUCGGAUGACAAACAAAGAGAAACCUGCUCAAACUUUAACUUCAGGUCGAUCCGAAGACUCUCAGACUGUGGUGCGCGCUCCUAUUUGUUCAUGUGUUUGUGUUCUGCAUGUUUAAAAUGACAUUAUCGAAUAUAUGUUUCAGUUUAAAAGUCCUUUUGGUCGGCAGCCAGCGACCCAUCAGAGAGAGACUGAACAGAAACUGUUGUCUGCGUCUUCGCCGCCUGUUGCUGUAGAGACGCAGGCGGUGAUGGAAUCCAGGAGAGCUGGGGAGGGAGGAGAGACUGCAGCCAGGCAGGCAGGGGAGAAAAAGGGAGGGGACAGCUGGAUCAGAUCACGGCGUGCAUGCCCAAAGUUCACAGCCCACACAGCAGCCUUUAAAAUCACUGAUAGAAAAGCUCCACUCCCACAGAGAAAGUCUGGAUUCAUCAAGGCGAGUGGCAAACUUAAUAUAACCCCAGAGUUUAGAAAAAACCUGAUCCAGAUGGUUUUUAAAUCAUGAACAUCCUAUAUUUAACUGAAUCGAGUGCAAAGACAACAUGAAAACAGAAGAUUUAUAUUGUUUUAGGAGACGUACGUGUUUUAUUUAAGUUUUAUAUCAACAGCAUGUUUCAGAAAAGUCGGACCAAACAAUCGAAGGGUCACGAAGAAACACGUGGAGGAGUAAAAAGGCAAGUUUACAACAGGUUAGUCACAUGACACGGCAAAAAAGAGGCAGAGAUGGAAAACGAGGUGCUGUACUCUGACAAUGUCUAUAAAAUAUUUAGGAAAUCACUGAUAGAAAAGCUCCACCCCCCCAGAGAGAGUCUGGAUUUAUCAAGGCGAGAGGCAAACUUAAUAUAACCCCAGAGUUUAGAAAAAACCUGAUCCAGAUGGUUUUCAAGUCAUGUAAAUCCUAUAUUUAACUGAAUCUAGUGCAAAGACGACACAGGGAUUAUUAAAACAGAACAUUUAUAUUGUUUUAGGAGAAGUACAUACUUUAUUUACAUUUGAUAUAAACAGAAACUUGGACCAAACAAUCAAAGAGUCACGAAAAACACCUGGAGGAGUAAAAAGGCGAAUUUGAGUACAGAUGGAUAAAGAGGUGUUGAACUCUGUGGGAGACGGAGUGAGCAAAGAGCUCAACAAUCUCAAUAAGUGGAGACCAUGUCUCUAAAAUACUCAGGAAAUCACUGCAGGAAAGAGACACGGACCAGAACCAGGACUGGAUCACCCUGAUUAGGACUGCAAUGAUUGGUCGACGUCUACAAAAAUCGAUAAUGAUCAAAGUUGACAAUGAAUUCCGUUGUCGACUUUUGUCACCUGACUUGUUUUUUUCCAGUGGAGUGAAGCAUCUUACUUCACUACGAUCUCUGCUGAGAGUCACACCUGUGCAAGACAGUCUUUGCCAAGCGGUAGGGUAUUCAAACAUGGCGGCGCUGGUGUGUCUGUGUUUUUGAUGAACACCGGCUACCCGUUGAGAAGAGGAACGUCGAUACCUGCUUUCAUGUUAAAGUUUCUAAACUCCAGAAAAAGUUUUGAGAUUUGUCGCUUUUUUGAAAAUAAGUCGUUAGGGGAUCUGAAGAGUCGCUAAAUCUAUUGACAAAAUCACGAGGCUGGCAAAACUAAAACCUUCAGAGUUUGGGAGUGAUUAUGAUCAACAUCGCCACUUUAUGUUAAAUUUAAGAAAAACUUCAUAAUUAUCUGGUAAGUCGACUGAUUAAAAAGGCGUUAAUUGCAGCCUGAACCCUGAUCCUCGGGUCAUAAACAGACAUGACUCUAAAAGUCGCUGCAUCGGCUCAAAACCAAAAAAGAGGAAACUAAAUGAUCUGAUCUGAGAUGUGGGGACGUCUCUGAGUCUGAGUGAACCUGGGAAACCGUGGACGCCACAUCCUCUGCUCUAAAGUGGAAGGAACCGCCCCGGUGACCAUGGCGUGGGGUCGCUCACAAAUCUGUCUUGGCUCCAUUUUUACUUCAUUAGAGGGUUAAAUAGUUUGGCGAUCAUCGUCUUCGGUUAGCGUUUGUCCUGAGCUGCAUCGACCUGUUUUCCCAUCACCCCUCUGGUGAACGCCGAUGUUCGGGAAUGUGAGUCCGCGGCCUCCUCUUCCUCAGCUGCACAAUCCCAGCUCUCUUCUCGGCUGGCGUGUUGAAUCAGACUCUUGGCACAUGUUGGAGAUCAGUGUUUUAACACACCCCGAGGGCAGGACGGCCCUCUUGUGCAUUCCUCCUUUCCAUCAGAAUUACCUUUAGCGUCUGAGCAGACGUUCCCCUGUGGGCUGAAAGGCCUGUGAAAUCAGCCGGAAGGGCCCAGAGAGCUCCCACAAAGGCCCGGGGUUGUUAGUUACAUGCGCUUUGGAAAAGGUCUGGAGGUGGCCCUGUAUGGCGGCGAUACCCGGGGAUCUGUUUCCAGUGUCCGAGGCCGCUAUUGAGUUUCGCCCCUGUGGUUAAUCCCGCUGUUCAGGAGCUUGGGAAACAGCCGUACCUCCCUCCCCUCCUGUCCCUCCCCCUCACAGAUUCCCAGGAAAACAAGACAUUGCAGAACAAUCUCCAAUUAAGAUGGGUCUUACAUACUGUACCAUUCAGUCCCCACUCUGUCUCAAUCUCACGCCCCCCCCCCGUCUUACAGCUCUCUGUUUGUGUCCUCGGCCAACCAGCCCGGGGGCAGAAUUAGCGCUGUCUCCCAGGUCCCGGCCCUGGCACUUGGGGAGGGUCGAGCUUUGGUGAAGGGAGAUAUUGGGGGGGAGGAGGAGGUGAAGAGAGGAGGAGGUGGUGGUGGUGGGGGGGUAUGUGUGUCCUUGGUAAACAGGGCUUUGUGGGAUGUGACUGUCUGAUCCCCGGGGCCUCUCCUUUCAUUCCUCUUCUCGUCUGAUCCCACAGCACGGCCGUGUCGUCAGGGCCGUGGCGUCGCUGGGUUCUGGGACCCGCUUGGCCCCGCCGUCACCCCGCACCGCCCGGAUUGCUUACGCUCUGUCCUCCCGCUGACUCGCUCUCAGGGAGACGGCGCGUCCUUGAGAGCGUACCUCAUCCGUCUUGCAGUCAGAGUUACUUUCGAUGAUGAAUCGCGCUGACGUGCAUUCAUUUCCUCGUCCUCCUCUUAUCGAUCUGUCCUUCUCUCCUCCACUUCUCUCCUUUCCUAAUUCCCUUAUUCGAUUCCUAAUCAUGUCCGUCUUUCUUCUCCUCUCGCUCCCUCCCCUCUCCGUCCCACUUUUAAUAACUUCUCAGUCUUUAAUCAGACAGAGUUAGGCCAUACCAGAGGCCCACUGUUUCCACUCAUUAGUUUCCUCUGUGGCCCCGGGCUGCCUCACUCGGCUCACCGAGACCAACAGAAGAAGCCCAUAAUGGUCCCCUAGAGUCUCUUCUCUCAGGAGGCUCUUCGCCGGGUUUCUGGGUCGCUGUGAAAGCAGUCUUAGCUGAAUCAUCAGUCAGAUUUGGCAGUGGUGUUGGUUCUCUGGAUGCACGCUCAGCCAUUAUCUGUGCGUCUUUAUCUUCCAGCCAAAUAAAGAGGGAGGAGAACUGAGGCUCAUCUUGGCAACUUCUCACCUCCCAGUGAAUGUUUCACCUCUUUUUACCCCCAUCUCCUUUUACUCCUCUCCCAGAAAGCUCCUCUUUCGUUUUUCUCAUCUUCUUGUUUUGAGUUUUUAUCUCCCAUCUCCAGCGAGUGUGUGUGUGUGUCUUCCUGUGUGUCCUCUCUCUCUCUCUCUCUCUCUCUCUCUCUCUCUCUCUCUCUCUCUCUCUCUCUCUCUUUCUCUGUGUAGCUGAGGAAUGUGUGUGUCUGUCCGUGAGAUGUGGGCGAGUGCAGACAGGUUCGAGGUAUAGCAUGUGAAUCAGCUCCAGUGCACAGGUCAGAUUAGACCAUCACGGCAGAGAGGACUCGCUCUUUCUCUCACAGCCCGCUGCUCCCUCACUCUGAACGUCUUCGUCUCUCAUUCUGAGCUUCAUCACUUCCUCACACACUCGCUCUUUUUUUCAGAGGUGAACCGCUCUGAUUUAUUGGAUUUGUAUCACUCAUGAUAUCGAGUCACUCAGAACGUUUACAUGACACUCGAGAAAACCAAAUUAUUGCGUUACCCGGGAAUGGCAGUUUUCGCCAUACGCCAGUCUCUACCGGAUCCGUUUGUAAGACGAAUUUCGUGGGGAUCGCAAGAACUCAUGAGAACCCGCUGAUUCACGUGCAAUCGCGCGAUAACAAGUUGUCUCUCUAAAGACAGACACAUAGACAUACAAGCAGUAGAUUGUGUCCUUCCAGAGGAGGAAAUCUACUUCUAGACUUCUAGAAUCAGCAUCUCCUCAUCCAUGGUGUCAUCGGGGUGAAAUGACGUCUAAAAACCUUUCACUUGUUCGUCUCCGCCUCCGAGUGUUUUAUUUUGAAAAGAAGCCGGAUGUUUUAUUUUGUGUCUGUGCCCGACUUCCUUUCCAGCACGGGUUAAUCUGUGCUGAAUUUAUCCGCCAUGCUCCGGCGUCCGGAAAAAUAGAACUCUUGUGAUCAGCUGAGGAGUCCGGCGAUCUGCAGAGGAACGGAAAGAAGUCGGUGGAAAUUGACACGUUAACUUGAAUGGUUACGAUCAGCUACGAUCGGAGGAUACGAAGGUCAGGAUGAAGGAGGAAGUUGCCGGUUACUCCGAUUAAGACCGGCCAGCUGAAGGUCAUGUAAACACCUUAGUCCAGCUAUAAUCGGAGUUUGAGAACUCUGAUUAAGACACCCAGAUACGGCAGUUGGAAUUCUAUUUCCUUUACCAUGUAAUCGGCGUAGUUGGAGUAUGAUCGGACGAUGCAUGUGCGCGUAACCCCGCAACAAAAACACCAGAGAAGAGGAGUAGCAUUCAUCUCAUCUGCAGAAAAAGUAGGGCAUCCAUCAUGUACGACAAAAACAACGCUGUACGAUGUAGGGAUGCACAGAUCUGAUAUUUGGGUCGGAUAUUGAAAAAUUACCGGAUCGGAUAUCGGAUGAAUGAUGCCGAUCCAGUAUCUUUUUUUUUCUUGUAAGACAUGGAAGUCUUACUUCUUUUGUCUGUGUGCUGAUUUGUUAUUUGUUAAGUAAAUUCAUAUUUGUGUUAAUUUGUUAUCUCUUUAUAACAAGGCUAAUGUUGAACCUGCUGCCUUCACUCACAGGGCAAGGUUUACAGUUCAUUCAUUCAACAGUAAUAUUGGAUCGGUUUUGGAUAUUGGGAAGUCUGAGAGAAGUCCUGUGCAUGUAAACUCACUGAGUGUUGGAGCUGCUGCUCUCUUGUUGAAGCAGACCCCCCCCUCCUCUCUUAGUCAGUCAGCAGCACCAGUUGCGACCUGUUCCUCCUCUGCCCUCCAGGUCUUUGAUGCUCCGCCGCGCCGCUUUUGUCCCUGUUUACCCAAUAUGACAGGGAUAUGGGCCAGCCCCACAUGCGGGCAGAUGGAGCUUUAAGUAGUUCCUGCAGAGAGGAGGAGGAGGAGGAGGAGGAGGAGGAGGAGGAGGAGGCCGAAGAGAAGUGCAGGUGCUAACCCCCCUCAGAACCCAAACCCCUUUCCCUUCCCUGAGGGCGUCCUGUCAGUGUGUUUAUUUUCUCCUGUGUCAUCACCGGGGAUCCCUCUUGUCCUUCGAGGAGCUAUUCCUGCGUCGGACUCCUAAGAUGGGUAAAUAAAUCUGGAUUCCUCUGGACCAGAACCUGACAGAUAAAAUCCAAAAACACAAACAACCAAACAGAGACACAGAGAUAAAGUAGGGACACACUCUCCUGGAGGAGGAGACUGCUGUUUUUCUUACCUUCACACUCUUAAUCCAGGUGUCAGUCAAAAAUUUCCAGGUCAUCCCCCCCCACACCCAAAACGACAGGAACUUUUCCACUUGAACCCGCUGACUCUAAGCUCAUUUAUUUUCAUGAACUGUCCCCCUGUCUGUAUAUCAGCUUUCAACGGCUGCAGCGUCUGUUUUUUAAUGCAGGAUGUCUCUUCAAUUUAUAGCCGACGGUCCGGCUUUGAGAUCGGCCGUUUGUCCACGACGUAAGUGCAAAAGCAGAGAGUAACAUAAGAUCAGAUUUGGGAUAGGAGGAGGAAAUCUGGAGCAUUCUUUGACUCGUAUAGUCUGGAGUCUGGAGAGGGAGGAGGCAGGGGGCUGCAGAUCGACUUUAGGAGAAAUUCAACCAAAAGGAACUUUAGAGGAACUUUUCAGGUGUCUCCACCAAGUGGUCGGUAUGAAAUAUACACAGAUAUUAAAAACUUUAAUAGAUUUUUAGAUUUGAGGAGAUCUGACAAGGAUAUGUGACUCCAGCUCACCUGAUGUUAUUUUCAGAUCUCAGGAUUCAACAAACAACCAUCAAACUUACUUCAUUCAAGGGCUGGACGAUUACGGCAAAAAUAAUAAUCACAAUUAUUUUGACUGAUAUUGAAAUCAUGAUUAAUAAACACCAUUAUUUAUUGAUUUCAAAACUUGAGUAUUUAUUGAACCAACAAAAGUUAACUUUAAAUAUAACUUAAGGGAACAGCCAGAAAUAAAUUAGUAACAAGUAAACAAGAAAAAAAAUUUAAUCAGCUCUGUGAUCGAUGACGAUAACUUGAUAAUGCUAAUACUCGGCGCACAUGUAUGAGCAUUUACUGAUACAUAAAAAAACCCCUGAUUUUUAAGGUGUGGUGUCUUGUAUUUAGCCGUGGCGGUGCGCCUCGAUCAAUUGCAUAUCGGGGAAAACCCUGAAGUUGGUCGGGUUCCCUUGGGGAGCAGAAACGACAGCGUGACAAACUUAGCAAACAAUUUCCUUUUGCUCGACCUCCGUCAACUUGAAGCCAAAAUGUUUCGACUUUCUUCUCAACCAAACGCUGCCUCUCUGCCAUAUUUUCAAUCACUCGAUCCUCACAUUAUUGAUCCACACGUCACAUGUUGCUGCAGCUGCAUUCAGGUGUUUUUCCAGCACAGGAACUUACAGACACACCGUACUGUUUUUCUUCGAUUAUAAUGUUUCUAUGAUCAUGAGAGGCCAAAACUGAAAUCAUGAUUAAAAUUCGAUUAAUGGUCCAGCUCGACUUCAUCCACUAAUUUACUGUUCUGGAAAAAAAACUUCAAAAUAAAAGCAUGUGUGAAAAUAAGAAGAGUCCUAGGGCUCUUGUUUUGAAAAUCAUCAUGACAGAAAUGUAACUGAUCUCAGCCUCUCAUUUCUCAGAGGUCAUGUGAUAACGGUGACCUUUUAAACAUGCACACUCAGGUUUAAAGCUCCUGUGAGGAACUGUGCUGAGUUUAAACAGACAGAUGUGUUUUUUUAUUGUAAGUAUUUUGUGUGGAAAUCGUAAAAACGACUUCUUCAACAUAGGAAGGCAUCAGGAUGAAUUUAAGCCUGUUUUAUAAAUGUAGAAAAACUCCUUACUGGAGCUUUAAAUGGUUCCCUGUUCCUCGGUGAAGUUCCUGAUACUGUAGGACCAGUUCUCUCUCUGAGAGGGGUCUCUCCAGCUUUUGUGGGCUCAGGACUUGUCUUUCCAUGCAGCCUCUGCCGCUGCUGCUGCUGCUGCUGCCAGCAUGAGGACGUCUCUCUGUGAUGUGAUGGGGGAUACAAGAUCUCCUCACGGUGUCUGUCUCCACUGAGGUGCUUCAUGGUGGCGGAUGUCAGAGAGAAGACGAACAGAUAAGGAGCAGGAAUGAUGCCCGUGUGUUUCCUCGUUGCGGCAGAUUGAUGUCUGAGAUAGGAGGCAGUGUGUGUGUGUGUGUGUGUGUGUGUGUGUGUGUGUGUGUGUGUGUUUACACAAGAGCAGCAGGUCCCGGCCGAGGUGCCCGACUGUGACGCCCGCUGUGAGGGAGUCGCAGGUAAGCAGAAGAAAGGUGGAUCCAAACAGAGGAAGUGGCUGAAUCAGCUCCGGUUUCUGCUCGGCUCCUAUAUAGCGCGCCGCCGCCGCUGCCGCCGUCGUCGUUGUUAUGAUUGUAAUUAUAUAUCAUUAUUCCGGCAGAAAGAGAAAGAUAGUUUCCACUGAUGGCAUGGGGGCAGCGUGCAGGGCCUGUUUCAACUCGUGGGAUGGAGAAACGCUAGCUUUGCAAGAUGUGGGUUUGCUCCGCCUGAAUGAGCGCGCUCACACUCUGACUGCAGCCUGAAAUGCAAACGUGCACACGCGUGAUGUCGACGGGCGAAUUACACGUCUGACUUUGAAACCCGAUCCUCUGAGAAACAACACGAGUGUUUUUAGGGUUUCAUUUUUAGCUCCGGAGUGAAACCUCGUCUUCGAUGUGUGUUUGAGAGAGAGAGACGGAGGUGACCUCUGGGGGCCGGUCCAGGGCCACCAGACACCCGCUGCUUCACCCUCUCUCUCUGCUCUUCUUUGACCUUUGACCUCAGGGUGAGAAGGGGGCGUGAGCCAGGAGCUGAGAGAGUUUAUUAUUUCCUGCCUCUUCUCUGAGAAAAAAAAGGAAAAGAGAGAGGGAUGAAGAAAUGAAAAAUAACUUGUUGCUGAAAUGACUCCACACUCGAUUUUUCCAAACGGAUUGACCCGCUCCGUGGCGAGCAGAUGAAACAAUGUUCAGGUUAAAUUAGAGAAUUAGAAACCCGUUCAGCUCCACUGAUCCCACCCAGACAUCAUCCUUUUAAUUUGACCCACCCUUCAGCCCCGGUUAGCCCUUCCGCUCACGUCUGCGAGCCGCCGAAGCGCCCGUGUGAAUAUCACAGCUGGACGGCCAUUGUCCCCCCUCCCCAACCGGCCGCAGGCUCAAACCCUGGUUACCAACCAGGAACCCGGGAUCAAAGCCAGCCGGAUUACUCCCAGAGAAAAGGAGGAGGAGGUGCCGCAGUCGGAGGGGUCGGGUUGAAAAGGAUGGAGGAAUGCUCCUAAUUACGAGCCCUCCAGUGUGUCUGGGUCUGCACUUCAGGCUACAGUGAACCUGUGAGGAAGCAACACAGUGUGACAAGAGAGUGAUAUUAAGAGCGAGGGGACAGUCUCUCCACGGCCACUCCAUUAGCAGGAGAUCUCAGUGGGAGGGGGCGGCAGGGGGGUGGACAUUCCUGCCUCCGUGGAAACACUGGAGUGGGUGAGCGGAGGGGUCAGAGGAGCGGGCCGGGGGGCGGAGAUCAAGGAGUGUGUAAAGAGGAUGUGUGGUGAAGAUUAGAGGGACGGUCAUACGGGGUUCAUGGAUGUUUCAUGAUGUUCUGCUCUGACCUGGUUUUUCUCUCCUCUGUGUGUCGCAGGUGAACCGAUCAGACCGGGGUGUGGGUGCUGGGCAACACGGCUGCUGGCAGGGGUCAAAGUGCACCAUGGACAGUGGCCUAAGGGUCCUCCUGUCCACUGUGCUGUGUCUCAGCCAGUCCCUGAUCGUCAGCUGCUCAUGUAAGUCCCUCCUGGUCUCAGAAUCAAACAGACGAAAUGACAGGAAAGAUGUCGGCUCUUCAUUAGGGCUGGGAGAUACGGCCUCAAAUCAAUAUCAUGAUAUAUUGAUCAGUUCACAUUAAUAACAAUAAAUGGAUGAUAACUACUCCACAAGCUGCUCACCUCCUCCCACAUUAACUUCGUCUACUUCAGCCGCUACAACUUUCUCUCCGUCCUCCAUCUCCUCACCUGUCUUUACUUCUUUGUUACUGACUGGAUGGGGCGGAGUCACGUCUGUGAUUAGUGUUGGGCGACAUGAACAAACUCUUAUAUCACGUUAUGAGUAAUUUCAUAUCACGGUAACGUUAUUUAUCACAGUAUGUAAAUACAGUUACAGUCUUUAAAUUAACCAGACUGUCACAUUUGUUCAUUUUCCUUUUAUUUUUUAAACUCAGAUUUGUAAAGAAAACAUCAGACCAGUCUUGCGAUUGUUUAUAAUACGGCGUUCCUUUGGUGAAAGACUCUUUAGUCUGAGAGGAGCUGCUGCAGUUUUAGUUUUUGGUGCAGCAGGUGCGUCACGCAUCUUUCUCAUAAUAGAGUUUUGCGUGUUUCAUCUUUAGGUGGUGGAGGAGGUUGUUGGUGUUUCCACCUCCAGCAAUGACAGCCACACGACACUCAUUGCAUAGUCACAGUUCCUCCUCCUCCUCCCCGUGUUGGGUGGGUCAGGCUGCCUCCAUUUGCUCUGUACUGCCACUAAUCUCCGCGUCCGCCAUGACCACCACCAGUGAAGCUGUUUCUUCGUCGUUGAAACUAUGCCAAACAGUCUGCUGGACAUGCUGGUGAUUAUAGGGAGCGCACCCAAACCUGACCAAUCAGACGUAAAGAACAAACUCUGUAUGACACACUGGUGAAAACAUGUAAACACACCCUAACGGAUUCGCUCUGGCUUUUCCUGCAGACAACUUCACACUGACUCUGAGAGACGCGGCCGACAUCUGCUAUCUCUCUCUUUUUCUACCAGGAGACACUUUUAUACCGUCAUACCACCCAACGCUCUCUCUGAUGUAGGACAGCGUCUGAAAGGGACAUGAGACCAUAGCCUACCUACACACAUCCAAAACCAACUUUUAUUUAUUUAGUUUUUUGACAUCCAAUAUACAGAUACCGACAAAAUGACGUCGGUUAUUGUGGUAAAUUUUCGCUUUAUCGCCCAGCCCUACUGCUCUGUACCCGACAUUAAAGUGAUGAUUGAAGCAGCUUUAAAGGACGAUUUUAAAACCCAAAGACGAAUAUUUCUCUCUGUUUGUCUGUAAGAAUUGAUCACAUGAACAGAAAUCAAUCAGAUAAUCAAGAAUCAAAGUUCUGACCCGGUUGUCCUCUGCUCCUGUCCUCUCCAGAUCAGUACCCGUCCUUCCUCUCUGAACCGUCCUCCCUGGUUCAGAGUCCAAACUCUGUCGCUCGUCUGCUCUGCUCGGUGAGUCCUCCAUCGGCCGUCGUCUCCUGGCGUUUCAGAGGUCACCCUCUGGACCGGGACGCCCUCCCUGACGUGGAGCUGAACCAGGACUCCCUCAUCAUCUCCUCGCUGAAGCUCAGCCACGCCGGAGCGUAUCAGUGCGUGGCACGCUUAGACCACGGGCCGGCCAUCGUCAGCCGCCUGGCGCGCGUGUCUGUCGCAGGUACGGAUACAGAGAAUGAGUGUGUGUGUGUGUGUGUGUGUGUGUGUGUGUGUGUGUUUAACUAGCUUCAAAUAAAGACAGGAAGCUGCUUGGAGAAGAGGAAGGCCGUUAUGUGAGUGUCAAACGCUCUGAAAGAAUGGCGUCCUCGGCGGUCUGCUGCUGAGUGGACGACAGGAAGGAAGCUGAAGGAGGUUUGACUCGGGCGCCCGUCCAAGCGCCUCUUGACCAGUAUCCUUAAUGAGCCGUGAGCCUUCCUGUGCAGUUUGUUAUGAUCCUGCUGGGACGCCGCUAGCUGUUGGACGCUGCUCUGAGGGGUCGACCCUGAUCUGGAUCUGGAUCAGGGUCGAAUAGAAUCACUUACAGCAACAAUAAACAAACGGGCCGAUCCAACACAAACAGCUCGACUCGAGGAGGAGCGCCGUUCGCCGUUCGCUGUUCAUUCAUGACUGUGACGCUCUGCACAUGUUCGUCUGAGUGAACACGCCUCCUCUCUCUCUCUCUGUCGCCGCAGAAAUAUCAGAAUAUGAAGAAGGACGGCGGCGGUCGCUGGCGGCGCAGGAAGGAAGCUCCGUCCUGAUCGAGUGUCCUCUGCCGCGCAGCGUCCCUCCAGCCCUGCCCAGACUGAGGGUACGAGGAGAGCGGAUCGAGGCGUCCACAGGUCAGUUUCACUCUCAUGACCUUAUUUGAUGCGUCGGCUGAAAUGGUCGUUUCUCCUGAUCCUGAGCCGAUGAAGAAUGAAAGACGCAGCAAAGUUAAAGAGUGACUGAGCGACUUUUUAAGACAAAAAAACAAAAUUUUCCUCAUGAAAUAUUCUCAAAAAAAAAGAUUCUUUUGGUUGUCGACGGAUAAAAACUGCUGAGUCUGCGAACGCGUCCGCUCCCUCCCUGUUUUUCUCAGCGCCUCGUUCUCGUUCCUGCAGGAGUCGAUCUUCACUAACCUUCUUGUCUUUUUCCGUCUUUCCUCAGAUGACGUUUUAGUUCUCCCGUCUGGAAACCUCCAGAUCGUCUCGGUCUCAGCCCGCCAUCAGGGCAUGUACAAAUGCGGCGCCUUCAACCCUGUGACGGGAGAAACCGUCAUGCAGUCUCACGGGACGAAACUCUCAGUCAAGCGUAAGUCCAAACGUGAGACGGCGUGUUUUGUUUUUUCAUGUUGUGUCUGUUUUUUGUUAAUGAAAUGGUUUCUCUCUGCCCUCAGAUUCAGACUCCGCCUCCCCUGUGCGGAUAGUUUACCCCACGGCCCCCGUCAGCGUGUCGGUGCAGCGGUCUCAGCCGCUGACGUUGGAGUGCAUCGUGUCCGGUAGUCCGGCUCCUGCAGCCAAAUGGUUUAAAAACGGUAAAGCGGUAACGCCGGGGUCCGUUCAGAGACAACAACACAACAACCUGGUCUUUGUGACGGUGACGAGGAGCGACGAAGGAAGUUACGCCUGUGCGGCGGACAGCGAGCAGGGGACGGUGACCAGCGCCAGCUACACUGUGAAUGUUCUCGGUGAGAAUCGUCAGAGUUUCAGAGAUUUCAGAUUUCACAGACACGUCAAACCAACUCUUCCUCUUCCUCCUCUUCCUCCUCCUCCUCCUCCUCCUCCUCCUCCACAGAGCCGGUGUCGAUCACUGAGGGUCUGACCGACCAGCUCGUCUCUCCUGGAUCCUCGGCUCGAUUCACCUGCCUGGCGAAAGGAAACCCUUCUCCGAACAUCACCUGGCUGUUCAACGCCGAGCCCAUCGACUCGUCGUCCCCGCGCUUCCUCAUCUCUGGAUCCUCGCUUGUUGUUGCCGAGGUGACGGCGGAGGAUCAGGGAGUGUUUCAGUGUCUGCUGGACAACGGCGUCAGCUCGGCACAGUCACAUGGAGCGCUGACACUGCAGUCAGGUCAGGUUCAGUCAAAUCCUUUAUUACUGGAGGAAACUUAAACUUUGAAAAGGGUUUAGUUGGUACUAACAUUUCGAGGCUUUGCUUUCUUUGCUGGUUGCCAUGACUCUGCACUCUGGAAGGUCAUGUGACCAAGUAAACAUGCUGCACAUGUAUUUAAACUGUUGGAGCAGCUGAUGAGAGGUGUAAGCAAACAAACUAAACGAUCAAAGGAGAGGUUUUCAUGUUUCACACCAACGCUGCAAUAAAGAGUCAAAUAGAGGUUAUAAUCCCCUUUUUAAGACUCGCCCCAUUCAGGACCCUAAAACCAGGACAAAACCAGUACUGGGUAACAAUUUGAGGUCAUGACGAACUGAACAAUGUGAGAUUGUGUGCUGAUGCUGCAGGGAAGGGCUGGGCGAGAAAACGGAGACUUAGUGAUACCAAAAUUUACGACAAUAACCGACAUCAUUUUGCCCAUAUCGGUAUAUACAGUGUCAAAUAAACAGAUAAAUUAAGAAGAGUUGUUUUUGGAUGUGUGUAGGUAGGCUAUGGUCUCAUGUCCCUUUAAGACGCUGUCCUACAUCCAGUCCGUAACAAAGACGUAAAGACAGGUGAGGAGAUGGAGGACGGUUCAGAAGUCGGAGCGGCUGAAGUAGACGAAGUUAAUGUGGGAGGGGGUGGGCAGCUUGUGGAGUAGUUAUCGUCUGUUUAUCGUUAUCAAGGUGAACUGAUCAAUAUAUCAUGAUAUUGAUUCAAGGCCAUAUCGCCCAGCCCUACUGCUGGGUUUUCAGAUACAAAAGAUAAAAACGUUUAACCAGACCGGGACUCUCUCAGGUCUUGUAAAGGGUUAAGGCGUCCCACCAGUCCGGAUCGCUGUGUGCUGCUGCUCGUACAGUAUUUGCAGGGAGCUCCUUGUGUGUGUGUGUUUUUCUGAGGUGCUGGUAGGAGAGGCUUAGCCAAGGCCGCCCUCCUCCUGAGCCUCGAACUGAGCCUGAGCGUGAGAGUGAGCUUUGUGCACGCCGCCGGGGAUAAGCCCCCGGACACUGGAAUGUAAGGAGUAGCCGUGGAGGGUUAUGACGAGGACCAGACCACCCAGCUGUCAACAUCAUACACAACUGCCUUUUAUUUAUUAACACAUCACAGCCCUCCCUCUCCUCCUCCAUCACUCCCCCCCGCCGAAGCUCCACGCCACGGCCCCAUUCCUCAGCUCAGCCUGCUAUCUGCAGGAUGAUUAAUACGGCUACACGAGGUACACUGGGAGUACAAAUCACGCCGGAUCAGACGGGUUCACCUCCAAACAUUUGUUCCUUUCUCUCAGGAAGAAGAAGAAUCACUUUUAAUAUCGGAGCACAAAUGUAGAAACAGAAUUUGGCGCUGAUAAGCGGCGGUAAACACUCUGAGGAGGGUUCGAGUUUGGCGGUUUUUCUCUGUACCAGCCGCAGCGGCUUAUCACAUGACCUUUGCGUUGAGAGUAAACGGUGUCAUUGACGUGUGCUGUUGUAAUCCAUCACAGAGAGAAUUAUCUCUGUUUAGUGUCGUUGUUCCCGUCACUAUGGUAACCUCUAAACGGGAGAUGCUGUGUCCUUAUCCUGGCAGGUGAUUGGCCGUCCUCCCUCGACACACGCUGUACCCGCCCUCCUCCAGGGUUACGGAGCAGCGAGCCAGAAAGCUGACAUGUUUGUUUCAGAGACAGGGAUCGACAGGGAGACCGUUUCACAAAAUAGAUGCGUGCGAAUCGUAAAAUGCAAUUAGGGGCAAAUAAAAAAAUCAGACGAGGCAACAAAAUACGGCGGUGAAGUUAGUUUUAGGUUGGAUAUAUUUUCCUGUAAAUACGGCAGUGAAGUUAGUUUUAGGUUGGAUAUAUUUUUCUGUGAAUACGGCGGUGAAGUUAGUUUUAGGUUGGAUAUAUUUUCCUGUAACUACGGCGGUGAAGUUAGUUUUAGGUUGGAUAUAUUUUCCUGUAAAUACGGCAGUGAAGUUAGUUUCAGGUUGGAUAUAUUUUUCUGUGAAUACGGCGGUGAAGUUAGUUUUAGGUUGGAUAUAUUUUCCUGUAAAUACGGCGGUGAAGUUAGUUUCAGGUUGGAUAUAUUUUCCUGUAAAUACGGCGGUGAAGUUAGUUUCAGGUUGGAUAUAUUUUCCUGUAAAUACGGCGGUGAAGUUAGUUUUAGGUUGGAUAUAUUUUCCUGUAAAUACGGCGGUGAAGUUAGUUUUAGGUUGGAUAUAUUUUCCUGUAAACACGGCGGUGAAGUUAGUUUCAGGUUGGAUAUAUUCUGUAAAUACGGCGGUGAAGUUAGUUUCAGGUUGGAUAUAUUUUCCUGUAAAUACAGCGGUGAAGUUAGUUUCAGGUUGGAUAUAUUCUGUAAAUACAGCGGUGAAGUUAGUUUUAGGUUGGAUAUAUUUCCCUGUAAAUACGGCGGUGAAGUUAGUUUUAGGUUGGAUAUAUUUCCCUGUAAAUACGGCGGUGAAGUUAGUUUCAGGUUGGAUAUCUGACGGACAUUCUCUGAGGAUCUACCGGUGUCUUCUCACUCUCCAUAACCGGGAAUAACAACAGCAGUGCGAUUAAAUCUACUCGACACCCUCACUGUCAACGUCGGUGUUGAAUAAGGGACCGUCAAUAAAUUACUGGUUGAUGUUUUAAAAAAAGGCUGUUUUCCUUCAAUAGCUUCCAUGUCAUGUGACCAAAAGACCUAAAAUUGAUUUCAAAUAAAAGUACGAAGGUCGAUCAAUAAGACAAACAUUAUUUGAUCAGUUUUUAUUGUUCCUCUAAAGUUCUCUGUGUGCUUCUUAUUUUUUCAACUUAGGAGAACAUGUGAAAAAAAUUAGUGUCAAGCCCUGAGAGAGUCUAUCACUUCCACGUUUGGAAAUCAAUAUUAAUUAAUGUUUACGAUCAAACUCUGAACUUUGUCGUCUUUCCAAACAGCGAGCUGAUUCAUUAAAAAAACAAAAACAACCUAAAAGCCGAGCUGUUCGUAAAAAUUAAUCAUCGGCAGCCCCGGAGACUCGCACCUCCUCCCUCCAUCAGGAUAAGCCGCUCUGACAUCCUGGCAGUCAGUCAGGAAUAUGAAAAAUCGUCGAGCUUGUCCUCCAGCGCUGCGCUGAACUCUGAGCGGACUCUCAUCCUUCAUGAUUCACCUUCACAGGUGUUCCUCUCUAAUGGACUGACCUUUUUCUGGGAAGGACCUGGCAGUGGAUCUCUGUCCAGGUGGAGCCGUGCUUACUCAAGAAAUAUCACCCCCACACACACACCCCCGCCUCCAUCAGGAUGGUGAGGUCGCUGUGGCCUUAAUUGCCUCCUCUGGUGUCAGUGUGAAGGAGGAGGAGGAGGAGGAGGAGCUCCGGCUGUGGUCAGGCUGUGCGUUAGAGAGAGAGAGAGAGAGGGCGAACAGGAGAGAGCGCGGAGGCCUGGAUGUAUGGCUGGGCUCUGAUUCGCUCCGGUAUUUUAAUGGUCGGCGUGUGGAAUGUGCGGCAGCUGGCUGCAGUCCCAGGAUCAGGUCUAGUGUUACCAGCUCCGGGCCUGUUUGUUUAAGUGAACCGGUGCCGCACACAAAACAGCUCGAACCCGGACCGGGGAGCCUGCAGAGGUCUCCUGUGGCAAACCUCACUGCUCUAACCUCCUUAACUUUAGGUUUUCGCUCUUUGACCUCAGCGGUGUGGCUCCGAGUCGAGCGGUCCCGCCUCCUCCUCCGGGCCGAGCUCAGUGUCCUCCAAAUGUCUGUGAAAAAUUCCACCCGGGCUCUGCCAAGCUGGUGUCAGCCGUAAUAAGGCUCCCGGGCUGCAGGAUUUGCCCAGGUGGACGGUUCUGGCUGCGGCUCAGAUUUAAUGAAAAAAACAAACAAAGCCUGAUUAUGUGGAGCAGCAGAGGAGCUUGUUAUUUUAUGUAGAUUGAAAAGGCUUGUUCCAAAUGUAAAACUUUCCAGCUCGGCUCGUCUCCUGUCGACAUGUUGGACCUCCUCUGUAAGUCACUGACUGACUCUCAUUGUUGCCAUGGCUUCAGCUUUUAUUACAGACGUCCAAAACUCGACUUUAAACCAGGUUUCUCAUAUUCAGACAAACCCGAGUCACUCAAAGUUUGGACGCAGAUUCAUAAAUAAAAGUUAUUUGAUGGUUUUUUAAAUAAUUUAAUCCAAAAUAGUUUGUGUAAAAAUAUCUGCUCAGAUGUUUAGAUGUGUUAACACUCGGGCUGUAAAAUCCCAGUCGACUUAUUGGUCGAUACGUGCUGAGUCGAAAUUCUGAUCGGUCAACUCGAUUUUGUUCCGUGUCAAUUUACAGUCUAUGGUUGAUUUCAUCAAGAGGAACGUACCAAGUGCUAAUGGGGGUGUUUUUAGAGCACCAGCCUGUCUCAGAACACCCCCCUUGUUUUCACCAUUUUGGAUUCGCCCAAUCGACUGGAGACAGAAAGAUUGAAGAGCGUCCACGUUAAUCGAUGUCUGGUGGGCGAUAUUUGUCUUUGUAUGAUGGUAGGGGAAAGUCCCGCCCUCCUUCGCCCCUGAUUGGCUAGAAAAGCUGGAAACGUCAUCACACGCUCAAGCCAAACGUGGGCUGUUGGCUCUCUACAUCAAACAGAACAUUACAGAACAUUAUCGCACUUCUGAAUCUCCUAACCCAACAGACGAUGACAUUUCACAGCUGUAAGGAAUAACCAAUUGGAAGCCAGCACUUCUAGCCAAUCAGAGGCGAAGGAGGGCGGGAUUUUCCCCUACCAUUCUACGAAGAAAAAAUUUGCAUCCGGUGGUUUGCUGAAUAUUUGUUUUUAUUUUGAGCGUUUCAACUUGCCUGUAGUUUUUAAUUCCUCACUGAUGAUGAAGUGGUGUCGGUCAUAGGGCUGAGCAACAAACUGAAAAUUUACCGAUACUGAAACUUACAUCAAUAACCAAACACUGUCAUUUCGCCCAUUUCUGUAUAUUUGGUGUCAAAUAAAUCAAAGUUGGUUUUGGAGGUGUGAAGGUAGGCUGUGGUCCCUUAGAGAUACCGUGAGAAGUCAGAGACGAGAUGGAGGACGCUUCAAAAGUUGGAGCAGCUGAAGUAGAUGAAGUAGUUAACUGGAGUAUUUAACUAAUCAAUAUAUCGUGAUAUUGAUAAGAGACCUUAUCGCCCAGCCCUAGUCCCUGAUUUCUAAAAAGGUUGUCAGACCUCAGGACAGUCGCCUCGGUCCACCUGUUGAUCUCCUUUUUGCUCUGUUCAGAUUUAUUUUGAGUCUAUGCGGUGAUUUCCACUCCAGAGUCAUGUCUGAUUUUUAUGAGGAGUUAUAGUUCACAUCCUUCUUUUUGUCGACCCCACAGAUCCACCGCUGAGCUCCACCUCCUCGCCAACCUCACACCCCAUGCAGAGCGACGAGGGUCUGGAGCGCUUCCUGACCGAGGACGAGGGCGACGGACUGAGUCUGCCGUCUGAUCGGAGCAGCGACCGUCCGACUCCAGAGGCGCCGAUCAUCAUCAGCCCGCCUCAGACCCACAAACCCGACGUGUACGACCUGGAGUGGAAGGCGGGGCGCGACGGGGGCAGUCCAAUCAACGCCUACUUCGUCAAAUAUCGUAAGGUGAGGGCGGCGGUUUUUCUCCUUCCCCCUGAAGGGUUUUUCCCAACAGCACCUGAGAACGGGUCGAUAUAAUUCGCUCAUAAAUGGAUCCAGGACCCGGUCUGUAACAGGCUCCCUCUGUCCAUAAAACUGCAGCGGUUCUGGUCCAGACUCUGUUGGCAGGCGGACCGGGUUUUGUUGGAGUCGGAAACUGUGACAGAAAUCUCAGAGGGUCGAUUCUGAGGCCGUUAUUCAGAUUCACAGAUGAUGAUGUUUUUCUGACUGUCAUGUGUUUGUGUUUGUCUCUGUGUGUGUGUGGUCGCUCGUCCAUGUGUGUGUGUGCGUGUGUGUGCGUCAGGUUGAUGAAAUGGGAGCGGUGGUGGGGAGUUGGUACACGGUUCGCGUCCCUGGCAGCGAGAAGUCGCUCCGGCUGUCAGAGCUGGAACCCUCCAGUCUCUACGAGGUGCUGAUGGUGGCUCGCAGCUCGGCGGGCGAGGGACAGCCCGCCAUGCUCACCUUCCGCACUGGAAAGGGUGAGUCCCAUUUUCAUUCUCGACUCACGAAAACAAGCGCCAUUAGAGGAGUGUCUUUAAUAAAUGUGUUUAUUUGUCUGUUUAUUGUUUCCUGCUGUAUCCCUGAGAAGAACGGGAUGGUUUUCUAACCUCCAAUAGAUGUUCAGAACAUCAACAGUAAACGUCAGGAUUUGGUGUCAGCUUGUCUGAGUUAAGCAGCAUCUGGACUUUAGACUUUUCUGACGCUCAACAGACAUCCAGGAAGAAAUCUAUCAGAGGAGAAACAUGCAUCAUGGAGAGCAUGAGAAAAACAUGAAAACAGUUUUGCAUGUUUGAGCCGAGAUGAAAACGACCCGCUGCUCUUCAGAGGUCAGAGAUCCACAUCAGGGAAGAUUGAUAACUGAGUUUAAACAAAUAAGGACGCAUGAAAACUGCAGCCUGAAGGAAGAUGGACGAUAACUCUGAGCGCGUCCAAUCACAGUCCGCUGAAGAAUCAGACAUUUGUGUUUUUUUGGGACAAAUCAAAAUAAAAGACACGGUUUCAAAAACAUGCUGAACCACCAUCGGGUGGAAAAAUGCUUUCUGGUCAGAAAUAUGUCAAAUAGAGUCCAAACCCGCAGAUAUGAUUAUAUCCCAGCAGCGGUUCUUUUUCGAAAAUACCAACCAGUCCAAAACCAGGCUGAACCGAGUCUGUGGGAAAUAUUCACUACUGAUGUCCUGGUGGAAAUCAACGUAAACUUAAGAAGAUUAAAUAAUAUCAGAUCUGAUGUGAGUUAUUAGAAGAAAAGGAGACGUAGUUUAACGUCAUCAGCUCUAGAUUCUUCCAGCGUUUUCCUUCCAGACGUGUUAGACUUCACUUUGAGUUACAGCGGCGUUGUCAAACCUGAAACCCGCCCUGAUAACGUCUGAACAUCUCCUGAAACCAGAGGAGGGAAAUGUCCGAUUUCAGAGCCAGCAUCCGGAGCUCUUCUGUGUUCUCUGAUAACCCUGACGACCUUCAAGAUCUUGUUUUUCUGACGCCCUGUUUUCCUUCUUCUUCCUCCUUCAGAGAAAAGCACCACCUCCAACAAGAACCCCUCCAAACCUCCCGUCAUCCCCAUGACGCCGAAGGACCCGGUGGACAAAACCCCCAACACGCACUUUGGCGUGGUCAUCCACGACAGAGGUAGGUGCAGACCCGCCUCCCUGACAGUUCUUAUUAUGGGAUGUUUCUGCAGAGAUUAUGUUGCUCUCUUUGGUGUCGGUGUUUAUUGUGGAGUUCAUGACCGCCGUGCGCUGAAUAGAUCUCAGAGCGUCACGUUUUGAUGUGGUCUGUUUCGCCUCUGAGCGCGCUCAGUCAGACGUUAGCUGACACCCUGUAAUGACUCUUUGGAUGAGAGAUGCUGUAAGCAGAAAACUGUGAGACUGCACACAGAUCUGUGUGUGUGUGUGUGUGUGUGUGUGUGUGUGUGUGUGUGUGUUUUACUCCCAUUACGUGCAGGCCAACUCUCUGAAACCACAUUGGUCUUUUCACUAACCCUCUCUCUCUCUCUCUCUCUCUCUCUCUCUCUCUCUCUCUCUCUCUCUCUCUCUCUCUCUCUCUCUCUCUCUCUCUCUCUCUCUCUCUCUCUCUCCUGCCCUCUCUAACUCUGUGGCUAAGAGCCCAGGCAGUAAGUACACAUUACUCACGGCAUGCCGCUUCCCUCUGAUGUGUCGUCUUUUUCCUUUUUUCCGUCCCUGUGAACUUUCUUUCCUUACUCGAGUUUGGACGCAGUGAUGAACUCUGCUCGCUCACCCUCUCUCUCUCUCUCUCUCUCUGAGUAUUAACCCGAUUCACCGUCACGUUUGUGUGACUUCAGUUAAGUCCUCUUCUUUUCACUCAUUCUAGUACCUGAGGCCCCUGAUCGCCCGACCAUCUCCAUGGCGACCGAAAGUUCGGUUUAUGUCACCUGGAUCCCGAGAGCCAACGGCGGGUCCCCGAUCACGGCUUUCCGCGUGGAGUACAGACGCGGGCGCAGUGCGGAGUGGGUGGUGGCCGCGGAUAACAUCUCGCCUCUCAAACUAUCGGUGGAAGUUCGCAACCUGGAGCCAGGUGAGACUUCAGGAAGUUCAUGGAUGUCUCAGUCAUUCCUCCAAAAUGAAGAUUAAGGAUAGAGAGAUUAGAUGUUCGUCUUGACUUUUCUGUCAACAUCAUGAUCAGAAAUCUUUAAUCCACAAAGUCGUCAAAGUUGAUGUCACCUCCGGGGCUCCGUAGUCUUGUUCACAUUUCUGUCUUCGAUAACCGUCACCAAUCACAAUCAUCCUCUCUUUAGGCUCCACCUACAAGUUCCGGGUCGUGGCGAUGAACAUGUACGGCGAGAGUCCUCACAGCAUCCCCUCCAAGCUGUACCAGGUCCCCCAGGCCAGCCCGCGGAUCGCAGACCGCCCCGUGGUCGGACCUCACAUCUCGUCCACGGACGCCAUCAGCGACACUCAGAUCAUGCUGCGCUGGACUGUGAGUACUGUGAGGACCAACUUUAUACCUCUUUACCGUCGUCAUCGCUGUUCGUCUCAGUCCUGGAUGUUUUAUUUAGGGGUGUCCCGAUACAACUUUUUUACUUCUAAUACUAUACCGAUAUUGUAGCCUUCAUUAUCGGCUGAUACCGAUUUUUGAUCCGAUGUUGGCACAUGACAAGUUUUUGAUUCAGCUGCAACGUCUCUCCUCUCUACUUUGUUUGUACCUUAUGCUGCGCUUGAGUUACUUUAGAAGUCAGAUGUCGGAGCUGAAAAUGACGUCACACCUGAGUUACCGGCAUUUCAUGUAACCAAUCGGAAAAAAACAAAAUUUGUUUGCCUUGUCCGAAUACAAGGCAAGCGCUAAAAUAACUUUGGUAGAUGUAGCCAUCUUGUUUCAGGCCUCCGAUUUUUCUUUUUCUGAUUUGGGAACUGAAUCGUUGGGAAGUCGUGUGUGACGCCUUUUUUAGCUUCGACAUCUGACUUCCGAGGAAACUCAAACGCAGCAUAAGUACACACUGUUGUUGUGAUCACCGUGAUGCUAGCUAGAGGUGCCGGAGUGGAGUCUGGAAUGGACUGCUUGUAUCAGUGAUUUUAGAUCCAGGCUGAUAUAAUCCAAUAUUUGUUUUUUUAGCUGAUAUCGGACCAAUAUCAAUUAUCAAUAUCGUAUCGGGACAGCCCUAGUUGUAUUCAUGUCAUGUUUUACCUUAAAGUUAAAGUUUCUGUUUUUGGAAUCUGAAUAAAAUGUUGCAUCUAUUUUCAAAUAACCCGAUCACGAGGUUUGAAGAGAUCGUGACCUCUGACCUCGCCUGAAGCUGUUUCCAAAAUCGAGACUUUGACCUUAAACGGGUCUUCAUGUUUGAGUCUGACCUUAAUCCAAGUCUUAAAAGUUCAUCUAAAACCAGCAGAGGUAGAGAAGGCUGCACAAAAAUGUAAAGUUGAUCACAGGAGUUUCUAUGAAUAUCCAAAAUAACAUAUCUCCAAAUAUCACAGCUAAUUUUCUGUUUCAACUCUCUUUAACUCUCUUUAACUCUCACCUGUCUCUGAGCGGACUCUCUGAAACUCUCUGAAACUCUCUGAAACUCUCUGAAUUCGACCUUAAACCAGCGAGCAGCUGCUCUGAUCAGAGCUCUGUUUCAGCCCAGAUUAAGAGGCUCUGUCCGUCGUCUCUUCAAAGUCCUCGCAGCAGCAGCAGUUUUUUUGGCUGCAGAUGGACUCCGAUAGUUCCCCACAUUUACUUAACCUCAGACACACUCAUUAUUCCCUCAGCUUCAGACAGACAGAGCAAUCACAGCGCCGCUCUCUCUCCCUGUACAUCUGCUGAUAACAAGCCCGGCCAUUAGUUGCUGGAAAAUGUCCUCUCUGUGUUUAAUAAUUGCUUUCUCGAUUGCUGUAAAGUAAGGUAAUCUUUUUUCCAUCCAUGCAGUAUAAUCCCUCGAGUAACAACAACACUCCGAUCCAGGGCUUCUAUAUUUACUACCGGCCCACAGACAGUGACAACGACAGCGACUACAAGAGAGACGUGGUUGAAGGUGAGUCAAAACCAGGAUGUUUAGUGAGUGUUGAUCUGCGGUGGGUUGUUUGUUGACAGCGAUCCCUCUCUGCUGGUAAACUGGGACUUUGUUGGUAAUGGAUACGGAGCGUCCAGAGAGGGCUGGAGUGAGGAGGUGCAUGUGUGCUCUUUGAUUUAUAGGCAGCGCUGUCCCCCGGGCAGCAGGGCUCUCUGAAAUCUGUUUUUAAUAAAUGGUUGCCAGAACUGAAACAUGAGCCGGAGCCGAGGAGAGGGGUUCAGGUUGCUGGGAGGAAUGCUAACAGUGGAGCCUGGUACAGGAAAGGAAGGAGGAGGGACGGCCUUCCUUUGACUCCGCCCCGCUCUUUAACAUGUGGACAUGAGGGACGAAUAUCCACAGGAGAGGACCGAGUCAGAAACACGGGGUUAGGGAUCCUCAAGAUCGAGAAACAGAAAUUAAUUUGUGGCGUAAUUACGAUCUGGAGCGACUCGAAAUACAUGUAAAGAGAAAAUAUUUCUGUAGAGGCUCCUGUGACACAAAGUCGGAUUUUCUGACGUCUUUUUUUGUCCCUCGAUUAUGUCACUAGUUUGUCCAUUCUGGGCUUCUGUAGAAACAUAGAUGAUCAAGAUGGUGGCUUUUGUGGAAGGGGACCCACGUUUUAAACAUAAAACCAGAUUUCGUCGUUCAUUUUAGAUUUAUUUAAAGCUCCUGUCAGGAACUCUCUGUUUCUGUCGAUGUUUACAAAAAAUACAGUAUUAUUUAUCUCCUCUUUCUACUUUAUUUGCACUGGAGUUAACGCGACAAAAGCAAUUUCCUCGUGGGGAUUAUUAAAGUAUUUCUAAUUCUGAUUCUAAAAUAGUCUUACUGUAAAUUUCUGUUACUUCCUCAAUGCCAAAAAAGUGUCUUUAAGAGGAUUUCUAGCGUUGAUUUUAAUUGAAAAAGUAACGCCUCAUUUCGUAUGCAGAUUUUAUUUCACGUUUGUUUGUUUGUUUUUUACAGAAAUCUCAUCCAGAUUUCAUGAAAUCUUUUUGUCUUCAAAGUUCUUAAUUCUUUGUGUCGUUUCAUGUCAGAGUCGUUUAGUUCCUGGAUGUCAUGAUCAGUAAAAAGUUGUUUGUAGGAGUUUUUGGGCUUUAAAAUAACCAGCAGAUAAAGUCAAAUCCAAACCUGUGUCUCACAGGAGCUUUAAGCAUAAAAAGAAGGCCCCAAAAUAACUUUGAAAUAGAAACAAAACUUUAAAUCUGACGGACAAUCUUUCUAGUUUUUCAAUCAUCUGUGUUUUAUCCACAUGGAGCUGCUCUCAAUCCCUUUAGGCCGUCUCUGAAAACUGUCAACACAAAGUCCUGCUUCUGUUUUGGGUCUUACAGAGUCGACUCGACCUCAGCAGCAGCAGCAGCAGCUUUCUUUUAUUAUUCAAACAAGUUCAAAUGUACCUCAGGGCGGCGGCGGCGGUGACGACGGCGGCACAUGUGCGCUGAUUUAUUACACUUUAUAUCAAACCAGCACAAAAACAACAACAGCUUCUUUCAGCCUCAUUUGUUGGAAAUGUAGCAUUUCUGUGUCGGAGAUUGUCGUCUCAUUUGUGAUUUCAGAGCACAUAGGAGUGUGUGUGUGUGUGUGUGUGUGUGUGUGUGUGUGUGUGUGUGUGUGUGUGUGUGUGUGUGUGUGUGUGUGUGUGUGUGUGUGUGAAUAUUGGAGGUGAGCCAGGACAAACAUGAAGCUGCCAUAUAUGGAGCUGGUCUAGAGUAAAGCAACCGUCUGGCUGGGCUCUUGUGGGACUGACGGAGUAAGAGAGAAGGGUGGUGGGGGUGAAUGAAAGAGAGGAAGAGCAUGAAGGAACUUGACCUUCAUGAAAGUCCCAGACACGAGGGGAAGAAUAAAAAGGACGGACUCAGAGUUUACACAGAGGGAGUCAACACCGUCUCUGAAAACAAACCCUCACCUUUGCUCCCUUUCUCUCCCCUCCCCUCUUCCUCCUCCUCCUCCACCUCCUCAGGUGUCAAACACUGGCACAUGAUUGGACACCUCCAGCCUGAGACCUCCUACGAUAUCAAGAUGCAGUGCUUUAACGACGGGGGAGAGAGCGAGUACAGCAACGUCAUGAUCUGCGAGACCCGAGGUAAGAGUCUGCGCCACAUGAGAAGUGAGUCAUGCCGAGUCAAACAAACCUCGGUUUCAUCAGAAGUCCGGGCAUGUUCCUGCAGAGGCUGUAACUUUAAUAACGGGUAUGAUCGCCAUAAUUACACGACAUAAAUGCUCCGAGUUUUAUGAGACCAACAACAAUGCCUCACUUUUUAUAGUUUGGAGCGCUCUUAUUUUUUUUCUCGCCUGUAGCUGGCGGGUAUAAAGAGCUCAUUUCCCCUCCUCUCUCUCUGCUGCAGCACGUCAGUCCCCCGGGUCACCCAGCCAGCACCCCGUCACCCCACCUGGCCCCCACCUGCCGGAGCCGUCCGGCUCACCUGGAGGACCGCUGUACAUGAUCGUGGGCUGCGUUUUGGGGGUGAUGGUGCUCAUCCUGCUGGCUUUUAUCGCCAUGUGUCUGCGGAGGAACCGGCAGCAGAACAACAUGCACAGUGAGUCCAGAGUCAAAAAGAACUCAGCAGACGAAGAGUUAACUUCGUUUGAGUUGUCUCAUAUCUACAAAUGACAGCUUGUGCAGCAAAUAUGGAUCCCGCGGCUCCUCUAAAAGUGUUUGCCGUUGUUGGACGGACUCUUUACCGCUCCGGUCGGAUCUGUAAAUAUUUUAGGAUUUGCAGCUUGAAGAUUUUGGCUCCAGGUUUGCGUUGAGUCACAGGUGCUGUGACGGUUUAUGAGAGUUCCAUGACAUCGAAGGGAAAUAAUGGAUUAUUGCUGAAAUACAAAACUAAUCGGAAAGUUUAAGUUCGUUAAAAUCCGAUCUCUCUCCUAAAUAGGUCAAACUCUUUAAAGAAGAGUGUUUCAUGAGGUCUAUCCUCUCCUUUCUCUCAUAGAGUACGACCCUCCCAACUACCUGUACCAGCCAGCGGAGAUGAACGGCCACGUUCUCGAGUACACCACUCUACCCGGCUCCAGCCGCAUCAAUGGAGGCGUCCACGGGGGCUACGGGCACAGCGGCCCCAUGUUAUCCCAAGGGUGCCAUCACCUCCACCACAAACUCCCCAACGGUUUGGCGCUGAUGAACGGCUCAGGCGGACUCUUUUCUCCCGGCCACCCACACGGCCACGAUGGCACCCUGCCUCACAGCACCCGGGAGUGUGAGCACUCGCACCCUCACCACCACCAUAACGUGAGCGCUGCAGACCAGACACCAAAGAGAUGAGAUGCAGGAGAAUAAAUGACUGAAUGUGGAGUUUGAAGGUCAGCGAGUGACAUGUCUGUUUGUGUUUUCCUGUCAGGGUGGAGGGAUGUACACGGCUCUCCCUCAAACAGAGUCGUCUGACUGUAUGAGCUGUCAGAACCUCUGCAACAAUAACAGGUGAGACCGAGUUUCUCUGCAGCUUUUGCAUCAAAUAUUUGCUAAAUAAUCUUUUUUUUUUUACCCUCCUCCUGUGGUAGAGUCUGCACUGACCUGUUUUUGAUUUUAAAUACUUAAAAGAGCCACUUAAAUCAGCUUUUUCACACCAAGACUUUUUGACUUUUUCAGGAACCUCUAUUUUAUUUUUUUACUUAAUUUUUUAAAAGUUUUUAAUCAGAACAAUACAGUGUAUACAUCUAAAUACAAGACACAUCUUUUCCUUUUUCUAGCUGUAUGUGACGUCCACAGAUAAUGUCGGAUUCAAUUAAAGAGAAUAAUCAUAAUAAUCAACACAAAUAAACGACGUCCUCUCCAAAGUACAGAUCUAUAGGCACAGAUUCCAGUCAGAGGCAGGAUGACAGUAUUUUGAUAUAAUAGGAAUUUCUCUCACCAUGAACAUAAACUGUCACUGCAUCAAUAAAGGUUCCACAAGUUCCAUCUUUCAUUUAAGGAGGCCCUCUGAAGCCUCAGUGAAAAUCUGAUCUGCUCUGUUUGAUAAAUAUCCCAGACUUUCAAAUCCAGAUAUUGCAUGAGGAGGUUCUGGUAACAACCAUCUGAUGGUCGGAACUUCUGUUUCAACAAAAUAAAAUUUUCAACAAAAUUAAAUUCACUAAAUUAUAAAAUGCUCUUUUUAAAAUUUUGGCACUUGUCAUGUUAGGGUCGCUGUUGACCCGGUUAGAUCAAUAUCUAAUAAUUACUGACAGUCAAAUUAUCUUCCAAUCAUGUGAGAUUUAGGAAAUUCUCAUUUUUACAUGUUUUUCCUGCACAAAAAAACAACAUUGAGCGUGUCCAGAAGUGAGAUCAAUUCAGUAUAGAUGUCUAUGUGAGGCAGAGGACCACAACAAAAACUAUUAUAAUCAAUAUUUUCAUGGAUAAUGAAGCCGAACAAAGUAACCUAGAGAUGAGAAUUAAACUGGAUGAUGGAGAAUUGUUUUUAAUUUACAGCUGAUUUAAGACACGGGUCAAAACUGACCCUUAACUUGGUGGGUGCGUAGUAAAAGCGAACACAGGAGGAAGGUUUUAAUGAAAACUGCAAAAACAUGAGCCUGUAUCUUCUGACAGUCAGCGGAGCGAUGCACAGACGUGCACCUUCAUGCACACACACACAGUUUCUCUGUUUAUGUACUUAAGGGUCCCCAGCAUCACAGUUUACCCAGUGUGCACCCAGCCAGCAGACCUAAUGAGCCCUGUGUUUAUUUACCUCCGGCUGCUGGGAAAAGAGGGGGGGUGUGGUCACGAUCCAAUCAUGAACCGAUAGAGAGAAACGGGGUGAAGCUCCCAGCAUGCAACUGUCUGAGUUUAGGAGCUUCAAAACCACAAUGUGUCAGAGUUAUUUAGAGGCAGGCAGACCGGGCCUUUAAUCUCCGGUUCAACUGUUGAAAAUGAUUUUUACAGCUGUGCCAGAGAGCUCCACUCGUGUUGGAGCUGUCAUUGUUCAGCACACUGUACGGAGAAUUAACAGAAGGGUUUCAGUGUCUGCUGGAAAAGCCACAAAUAUCUGCAGAGAGGAGGAACCAGAGCGGGAUCUGAGGGACCGCUGAGAGUCAGUUAGUGUCAGUGUUGUUCACCAGCAGACUUCGCUUAUCUACAAAGACAAAUGAGUCCUUUUCCUCUCUCCUCGUGUCUCUGAGCAGAUGCUACAACAAGGCCAACGGCACUUUCUCCGGUGGCACUCUGCCUCUAAUGCACCGUGUGGCGCCGUGCCAGCAGGACGGGCUGGAGAUGGUUCCUCUGGGCCAGGUGUCAUCGCAGUGCCACGGUCCUGACAGUCAGAUCCACUGUGGCGAUCAGGGCGCGAACGCAGGGUGCCAACCAGACGAGCACAGGGAGUCCUCGCCCUCGCAGCAUUCCUGCUGUCUGGUUGGAAACAACGAAAACUGUCCAGCAGACAACACUGGUAAGACUUAUUUCUACACCAAAGAGUGUUUGUCACUCUAUGUUUUCUCAUGCAAGCAUUAAAAACAUUCAACUCUUAUUAUUUAACAUGAUUCAGAGAGUAAAAGUGACUUGAGAAAAAGACAUUUAUAAAAACUGAUUUUGCAAACUGCUUUUUCCUGCAUCUCCUGUUUAUAAGAGAAAAAGCGAAACAUAAGCGGUCAGCAAAAAGUAGAACUUCCCUCUCACCCCCUCUCCAUUCAUCCACAAAACCUGACAGGUGAACAGCUGACUUCACUACUACAGGUGCUGACGUACUCCCUCCACCCACACCACUUGACUCUCAUCCCUGUAUAACCACACAAUACACAAAUAUUAUAAAAGAUCAUGGCUACCAACAAAGAACUGACAUCUACAGGAGCAUAUAUGAGAGAAGUCAGAGUCAAGUCUUUGCUUUACUGCUGCUGCUCGGCUUUUCACGUAUGCAGAUAAAACUUUGAGAUUCAUGCAAAUGGUUAAUUAAUUUUGACUAAACUUUGCAUGUAAACUGUUGUGGGUGUUAUUUAUCGAUUUAUCCAGAACCCACAACAGAAUGCUAAAAACAAACAAAAGUCAAAUUCUCGCUGAAAAACCUUUAAGUUAAACUUCCAGUCAGUAAGUGAAAACAUAGUGAUGGUUAAACACGGCGGUGAAAUCAAACUCUGUCAGCUCUUCCUCUUCAGGCUUGACUUGUAAGUUUUUGUAUCAUUACCAAUCAUCAUGUAGUAUGCAGACAAACUAUGCAGCAUCACCACAAAUUACACUGUGGGCCUCUCCAGAUUCUGUUCCUGUCUUUUUUAAUAUGAAGCACAAACCAGAGUCUCCUCUUUGUGUGUGUGUAGCUGAGGAGGAGCUGGAGUGCGUGGACAUGGAGGGGCCUGUGGUGUGCUGGGAGAGUCUUGGCCUUCCAGACUUGGACUGUGACGAAAAGCCUGGGUGGAUCUCCAGCAGCAGCCUGGCAGGAGAGCUGAUCCAGCCCGGCCCGCAGGAGGUCUGAAGGAAGCCCACACACAAACACCGCCGUCCUGCAGUGUGGAGGGGGCGCAGAGGAACCGGGCGGAGAGACUGUGAGAGACAGUGUGGAGUUUUCUCAGAUGGGAUAGUCAGAGACACUGCAUGUUACGGUGACAAAAAGGACACAAAACGAGGACGGACUGAGCUGAGACGAGCGGCGUGGGAACGAAGCGAGAGCAAAGCCAGAUGGAGAGAGAGACGCUAAGAGCAAAGGACACUGCUCCAAGAAAUGAACUGUUCCCCACUGGAGGAAAGACUCUCGUAAAAAGAUCAAAAACUCUUUAGAUGACUUAUUUAUUUUUUGUAGUAGUAAAAUAUUAUUUCAUAUGAAUGUAUCUGUUUUAAAGGAAAGUUUGUCUUUUAUAUUAUUUAUGCCUUUUGGAUGAGAAAUACUUUUUAUUUUUUGUCGUUUUGUCUCUCUGUGUUCCACCCAAGUGUGGAGAUUAGCAAUUGUCUGUGUAAAGUUUUGUAAUAAUAUAAAGAGAAGAUAUGGAAGAGUAAACAACAAACUAUUUCCGCUGUCUUUCCUCCCUUCUUUAAAGCGCAGCGCCCAGUGAGUGAUUGCCACAGUGAAUUUCCCGGCCCGGGUCCAAACCCAUCGAUAUUUCUGGCAGGUCUUUGAUGCGGUCUGUGAUGGGCUGUUCCACUGCAGUGACCCCUGAACGGGGUGAACACUCCCUUCACUGUUCAGAUUAAGGCUGCUGCUCUGUGCUUCACUGAAUACUUGAUAGCUCAUCACUUUGGGAAAAUGCACUGUUGCUUUGGGGGCCACUGCUGACCUACUGGCCCCAAUCUGUUGGACAAGAGGAGGCGUAUAUUAAAACUGAGGUUUUUUUACAUAUUAGUGUGUUAAACUUGGUAAAAUAAGACUUUUCCAACAUACUAGUCCUGGUACCACAUGCAAAAAGUUCAAGAACUGGUGUCAAGCAUGAAAAUAAUUCAAGAAUUUGAGUCAUAAAUCAGAGAACAAACUUAUCAGUCUGUCAAUAAUAUGUUAUCCUUUCUAUUUAAGGGUCACAGCGCCUUGUUUUUUUUAUAUAAUGCAGGAAAAACUGUUAACAUGUGACCAAAUGAUUGUCAUAUUAGGUAAAGUCAGCCUUCUGCAUUUGUAGCUGCAGUCCAUGGUGGAUAACUUCCACUUUGACACCCAAUUAGGAAACAAACAUUACAUGAAGAAUUACAGAAAAACUAUUAAACAUAUUAAAAAAAUACAAACUCCAGGCUUCACCAAUCAGGACACAAAACAGAGAAAUUUCCUGAAAUAAAAUAAAUCAAAAUCACCUCCAUAAAUAAAAACCCCACAUUAAGGCAAAGAGCAAACAUAAAACCAAAAUAAUAAGUAAAAUGUAAAUGUUAUUUAUUUAUACAGCCCUUUAUAACAACCCUUUCACAGAACCAGACUGCUUUACAAUACAUAGAAAAUAAAAAUGAAUAAAUAAAUACAAUAAAAAAGAAAAAAAUACAAUACAAUAAAAUAAAGUGUAACCACGCUACUUGGUAUUAAAAGCCAGUAAAGAUUUAUUUAUACAGCGUGAAAAAAUAUGGUCAUUAUACUGUAGUUUGAUAUCUGUGAAAGGGCUUAACAACAUUUAACUUUUCAUCAAAGCUGUUUCCAAGUAGGACUGGGCUAAUACCGGAUUUUUAUCACGGUAUUAUUACGGUUAUAAAGAUCGCCAUAAUAUUUUUACGUUUGUUUGAAAACUUCAAAAUAAAACAACACAGUGAGUCAAACUGAGGAAAUGGAAAGUUAGGGUGGAGAAACUUAUUACUUUAUCAACUUUAGUCACUGAAUGACAUGCUAUCAUCUAUUUCUGAUUUAAGAUUUAUGGAGAAGACAGUGUCUCGGUAAACGAUUGAGUAUCAUGCUUUUAUUUUGAAGUGCACUCGCUUCCUGUAAAGUUACCGAGCUGAAUGAAAACGGUAACUAGAGCGGUUUGGAAGUUAAAAUGUGAUUUUUAUUGGUAAACUAAUCGAAAAUAAUUGUUUUUAGACUCACAAGCCGUUUUUUUAAAAACUGCUAAGUCAUCCCUCAGAGAGCUGUUUUAGCUAACUAGCUAACAGCAACUGCUUUAUCGUCGUCGGUCCGUUUUAAGUCCUGUGGAAACCAUGACUACGAAUCAAUCACUUCAGGUAGUGCCUUAUGUUUUUUAAGCACAAUAUCUCUUUAAAAUGGCGGUUAUUUUGCUUUAACCGAAGUUCUGAUGUGUUUUUGUGAUGGCCUAACCUUUGACGCAGGUGAUAUUGUUCAUUGUUCAGAUCACUGAAUAGGGGAGACUGGGAUAAGUUGAUCCACCCCCUGUUUCUUGGAAAUGGUCAAAGAAAUUGAUUAUGUGAUGAAAUAUUUAGGAGAUGGGCAUCAAUUUAUGGAGUCUGUGAAGGUUAGACGCACAUGGGUGAAGGGGUUUGAUAUUUAUUUAAUUAAAAAAAAAAACAUUUUUUACUCUUGAAAGUGAAUUUAGUCUUUAGUCACAAGUUUGAUUAGAAUUGUGUUCAGACCGAAAAAGAUCAUUUUAAAUUUGUUUCAUUCAUCAAUUGUGGUAUCUAUGAGCUACAACAUGAGGUCAAAAACAUAACGUUAAAGUCCACCAAUUGAGUUAAGAGGACUAAUAAAGUCAUCAUAGUAGUUCUGGGUUAACAGAGUAGUAGGGAUACGGCUCAACUUACCCCGCUCCUAUGGCUCAACUUACCCCAGUCACAGGGUAAAUUGACCAUAGGAGACCACUUUUUUAUGUGCUAUAUUAUCAAGAUUACAGUUCUGUUUACACUCAUUCUGUUGGUUUGCAGGAUGAACAACAUCCUGAAAUAUCUGCAGAUACACGAGUUAGAGACAAACCUAGGAUUGACUUGAUGUAGUGAUCUGAAAUAUGAAAAAUGGAUCACCUUACCCCACUCUCUCCUACAUCUUAAGCUUUUAAUAUGUUGUGUCAUGUUUAGUCAUCUAUGUGGUGUUUAUAAGGGGUUAAGUUACAGUGUAUAUAAUUGAAAUUUGGAUGAACUAACUCUUAAAGUAACACAAACUGUGAAAGCAGUGAGAAGAGCCAUCUGUCUCUGUUUAAUGACAUUACAGUCCAGGAUUUCUGGGAAUUGUGGGCUCAAUUGCCAGUAGAGUUAAGGACAAAUUGGACAGUGGUGUUUUCAAAAUAGAAGUGGAAGUGAGUCGGUGUUUGUGUGUGUGUGUGUGUGUGUGUGUGUGUGUGUGUGUGUGAUGUGUGAGAAAGCUGCAGAUAACUCCAUUCAUAAAACCAGUGCAACACACUCCUCAGGUUUCAGCCAAACCCAUUUUCAGGAGGCUUAAAACCCUCAGUAGGUUUUAAAAUAAUCUCCGUGCUAUGCUGGCUGAUUGGAGUUGAUGGGAUUGCAGGCGGGCAGAUGACAGAGCUGGCUGUGCUUCACUGAGGAUGACUGUGGUGCAGGCUUUCCAUACUUGGUGCCUGUCUGCCUGUGCUUGUGCCAGCGUCGGCUGCCAGUCCUCAGGCCUCGGCUCGUCUGGCAUCUCUCUUCCCUACGAUGCUAUACGGGAUAUUCCUGGCACCCGGAUUUAUUCGCCUGCUGCUCAGGCGUGGCUCUGCCUCUUCCGGCUGAUAUUUUUAGUGUCGAUUGAGACUGGCGGCAUCCGUUCAAUUCACUUGACUUCUGUUUUGCCUGCUUUAGACCCCAUGCCUCGAAAGCUUUAAAUGUUUUGCAUCUGUGACACUCUCUAGCAAAGUCUUAUCCAGUUUCUUUAGUUUUAUUUCUGUGCAGUAGCUCAUCUCAGAGUCCAUUAUGAUUCCCUUUGUUGCCAUGAGUAAAAAGGAACAAACAAUGGGUAGGAAAUGAAGCUGGAAAGGAAAGAGAAAUGGACCAGGGAGGGAGAGGGGAUGCUGACAGAUGCAGGCUGUGCUGAUGAGGAGAAGAUAAGGGCAGGGUUGUCUCUAAAUGAGCUGCUUCUCCAUCUCCCACGUCUAUCAGUCGGCACUCUGCCUCGGCCCUGCCCUGCACCCUCUACCCACGCAGCUACACCCCUUCAUUAAGGAGCCCAUGGGAACAAGAAAGCUCAUUGUCCGCCCUGGAAUUUCUGCCCCCUUGCUGCAGAGCCGACCUGUUAACGCCAGUCCCUCUCCCCUCCGCCCACCAUUCUUACUCUCUCCCCUCUCCAGCACACUCUGAAUGAAUGCAAUUCUUAUGAAUCGGGCAGUGUGUUGUUAACUCGCUUGAUUCAGCCUCAGGCGGUUUCAUCCUUGAGAUGUCCCAAACCACAAGUGAAGCAUGUUGUGGUUGGAUGAACUCCAGCAGCAUUCCUCUGGGUCCUCCAAAAGAUGAGCACACACGUGGAAGAAGAUGAUAAAAAUCUAUAUGUUCUGCUAUAGAGGAUGUUCACUUUUUGUUCAUUUGGCUGAAGUCUUGAAGGUCACACGUGAUGGUAUUUUUAGCUGUUGUAAACAUGUUCUCAUUGCAGGGUUUUAAAUUCAGUCACAUUAAAAACAUCUCUAAUUCAGCCUCUGUGGGGAAGCUGCAGCCUCUAACCUUGUUAUCCAUGCGGGGGUCCAAAUGGGGACUGGGCAGGGAUGCUCUGACACGGUGUUAUAGCAGUUAUCAUUACCAAAAAUCAAUUCUUCUUGAUGAGCUGCAGACAGUCAAAGGUACUGUAUUUUUCGGGCGAUCAGGCGCACCGGAUUAUACGGCACACUGUAGAUUAACGUGUCUAUGUUCACACAUAAGGCACACCAGAUUGUAAGGCACAUUAAGCAUUGGCGCAUUGAUUGGUUUAUUGUUGCUAGCGCAUACUCUGGGCCCAGGCUGCCUUACAUGAAUGCACUUUUAGUUUAGACAUUACAGUCAGCCAGGCAGUCUUGAAGACUGCUAACAGAUCCUGUUAGCAGCAAGCUCGGAAUAUCCAUUGAGCGGAAUGGCUUUGUUGCUUACCGAAGUCAUUCUUACACAUUACUAAUCACAACAAGUAAUCAUACAUAAGGCGUGCUAGAUUAUAUGGCACACUGUCAAUUUUUGAGAAAAUUUAAGGAUUUUAAGUGCGCCUUAUAGUCCGAAAAAUACGGUACUUCAGGUCUUUUGGCAGAUAGGGAAAAGCAGAAUCAUGGUUAGCAUACCUUACAUGACUUGGUAGUCCGACGAGAUAAUCUUAAGAACCUGGGACAGCAGUAGCUCAGGUGGUAGAAUGGUCGUCCAAUAACUGGAAGGUUGGUGGUUCGAUUCCCCCCUGUCCCGAGUCUGUCCGUUGUGUUCUUGAGCAAGACACCUAAUCCACCUUGCUCCCAGUGUGUGUCCUCCACUGGUGUGUGACUGUGAGUGUUGUGUGGUGGUCAGAGAGGCUGUAGGCUCAAACUGGCAGCCACGUUUCCGUCAGUCUACCACCAAGGUGUGACUGUGUGAGCGAAUGAAUGAUGUAUCCAGUGUAAAGUGCUUUGAGGGUCUCCGAUAAAGUGCUAUAUGAAAUCUGAUGCAUUAUUAAGAACCAUCAGAUAACUGGGCCUAAGCUGAGGUCUUGUUGGCCCAAAGUUCCUAAAUGAGGCAAUGUACUAUGUAAGGCGGUAGACAGAUGCAGAGGCGGAACAACACCAAAAUGGUGAGUGCUCCAGAAGAACUGCUCCCUAAUAGACUUGAAUAGGAGGAGGUUGGCAGCAGUCUCAGUGUGGUAUGUUAAAAUUGAGUUAUUCGUCAUCCUUGCUCUGCAGCACUGAGUCAGGAUAGCGUCACAUUCCCUUGAAGAGUGUGAGGGUUUUUGCAUUUCACUCCUGUCAUUACAUUACCACAGGAGCAUAUCCAAACAGCCUCGCCAUGUUUUCCUUACAGGUGGGUUACAGAAGUGAUGCAGAGGCCUUUUUGCUUCCACAUUCUUUGGGGGAUGACUGAAAAAACGUGUUUUUCAUUAUACAGGACCUUUAAUGUGUAAAGAGGUCACACCCACCAUAAAAGUACGACAUUUUUAGUUUUAACUGCCGGACAAACACUCUUCUUCAGGAGUGACAAACACUCUCAUUCUUAUUCCAGCUGCUUCACUUUAACUCUUCCCAUUGUCUCUGUCAACAGACUAAACAUUUUUGAGUCCGAUCGUUCAAUAAUGAGCCGUCUGAUCAUAACAAACUGAACCUGUUGACAGGAGCUGAUUUUCAGGAUAAAAAACAAAGCUGUUUACAUGAGUCAGAGGAAAAUCCAGAGAGCCGCACUCGCUGAAAAUAAACCAGUUAUGAGUUCAUUUUUAUUCACAACCCACCGCCGGAUCCCUGCACAGCUAUGCACAAGAUGUUUAUUUUAUAUGCAUGAAUUUUUAAGGGGAACAUUUGUUUUCUGCGCACUGUUUCUAUCAAGGUGUCUGUCACUUCAAAGGAGCUAAAACGUUCCCAAGAAACUAUUCGCUCAGCCUCAAGCGGUUUGCUCUGGAUGUGCUGAAAGUGACAAAACACAGUGGUUAAAUAAUGAGCACAGUCUAACACACUUAAGAAAAGACAAACAACGCGGCGGGUGGCCAUUAGAAAUAAGCAGAAACAGUAAUGAACAAUAUUUACUUCAAGAAAAACAAACAAGAAAUAGCCUCGACUAAUGAACCCGCCGUCCAGAUGGUUCUAAUAACCAACACAACACAAAAGUGGUGAAGUAUCUGAAACAGAAACCACAACCUCAGGUCCACACGGUGUCACGCUCUGUAAGUUUAUAUGGCUACAAAGAUGGCAGGAGACAAUAGCUCAGUCUUUGACUGAUCAAAGUCUUUCAGUGUGUCGAACAGUCCAGUCUGGUGCUAAAGAGCCCACUGCUCUCCAGACUGACACAUUCACACGCUGAAAACUCUCACGCUCUCUGGAUAUUUAGCACUACUGUUUCUAAUUAUUUGCCAAGUUUUAAAUAACAUGUUUUUUUUUAUUUUUGCCUCAAUCCCAGAGCAGCAGAAGGGAGUGAAAUCUUAUUUGUGCCUUGUAAUUUUUCAGCUAAUGAAUAGAAAUAGGCGGCUGCACUAGUGUGUUUAUGCAGAAGCCUUUUACACACCGAGUUAGCAGGACUAUAGAGAGGCUUAUUUUUGUGUUGGAUGUGCAGUAAAGUCGAGGGAUUUAAAAAGGACAGCUAGUGCUACGACAGCUCUGAAACAGUGACAACAGAUUUCAGUCCAACCAAAAGUGUCACUCAGGAGGAAAUUAACAAAUUUAUAACUGCGUCUGUGGUGGAAGAGAUGCUACUGACACAUACAUGGAUAGAGUGUUCAUCUUGCACACAUUCUGUACGAUAUAACCAACAAAGAGUCUUAAGGUUUUAAGGUUUUUUAUUUCUGGUAACACAAAAGUACUGUGACUCUAUCAGUAUGUAAUGCAGCAGUGUAGGAGGAAAAAAGGGACCUGUAACAACAAUCUGAGCCUGUCGGUGGCGAAAUAAAGCCCUUACAGUGGAUACAGUUUGACGACGCACCUGGUCAAAAUACAUUUGAGCUCGUCUCAUGGCUGCCGGUGUAGGUACCAGAAAUGUUCGAGGUUUUCUUUAUUUCUGUUUUUUCAUUCAAUUGACCUUGAAACUUUCUCCCCAUAUUAUACAGAGAAUUACUGUACUGUAAUUUUUAGAUGGCUUUAAUUGUAGAUGUUAACUUUUCUAAAGGAAAAAGAAAAAAUAAGUAUGCUGGAUCUCCGUUUAUCAAUAAAUAGUUUUGCUUUUAUUCCACAUCUCCUUUGGAAACCUAAAAGAGGCGGUAGUCCGGCUGUUGUAAGUCCCCUUUGAUAAGUUACAGUAGAUUUCUUUGUAAAAUUCGUCCAUGUUUUCUUACAAGAACUGCAAUCCAGCAAAAA